ACAGAACGUCACCCGGAAGUCCACUGGAACCGAGGCGGCAUCAUGGCAGAAAACACAGACCCACGUGAGUGUGCUUAACAAUACAUUUAAACGUAAAAAAGUGUAUUUGUAAAGAUGCCACCGUCUUUUGUAGCUAUCGAGAAGUUGUACGACGCGUGUAGUUCCUAAACUUUGUCUUUAGUUGCUCGAGAAAACGCGAGAAACCUUCGUCUCCGUCACUCUGCUGCUGCUACUUCAUUGAAAUAAAGUUAUAAACAGAAUUAUUCAAACCUAUCGAGCUGAUUGAGGGUUCUGGCAUGUAACUGUGGUGGGGUUUUACUGUGACAGGCUUUCGUGGAGCUCCUGAGGAGAUGCCCGAGCUCUCUGACGGUGAUGAUGAAGACAUUGAUGAUGACGAAGAGGAGCAGUGGCAGUGGAUGGAGGAGGACAGUCAGCCGGUUACCUGUUUGUUCUGUAACAGGUGAGAGUCCAGUCUCAGUGUGAGAGGACGGAUAGAAACAGCUGGCUGUCUUUCAGCUGAUUAGUUGGUGUGAACUUGAACUGUUUACACUGAUUUUAAAAGGUUUAUAUGUGAAUGUGUAUGAUGUUUGAGACUUUUCACUGUAACAUAGUUUCCUUGUUUUCUUCUAGGUUGCUGAGCUCUGUGUCUACCACCCUGCAACACUGCACAGCUGAGCACCAGGUCAAAAUUGUAGACAUAAUAAGAAAACACAGUAAGUAAACAAUUGUCAUAGAUCUUUCUUAAAUCCACAAAAAUGUGAAGGUUCCUGUCAUUCACCACGUCGUCCUACUUUAAUUAAAGCAAACCUCAUUAACCCUAGAACACUAUCGCGGAAAUUAGUAACACCAUCACUAUCGCCGGGUUAUAUCUACCUGAAAUAAUAUACCGAAGAAAAAGUACUUGUCAUCAAAAUAUAUCAAAAUAGGACAACACAUGACAAAUUAAAGUAGUUUUCUUUUAUUUUUAACUGUGCAAUGUCCAAGGGGAGGGGAAAAAAGUGCCAUGAGGAGACCAUAUCAAAAUGCAACAAAAUAAGUGAAAUUAUAACAAUAACUUUAUUUUUUUAUAGCACUUUUAAAAACAGAAGUUUACAAAGUGCUUUGACAAACAGUUGCAAAGCACAGAACAUCAGCACAUGAAAAUAAAAACAAUAGCUCAGUUAAAAACAAGACCAUUUCUCAUAAGAAACCCAGGCAAUAUAAGAACCCUACAACAUAAAAUGAGACCAUGAGGACCAAAAUAAAAACAUAAAAUAGGUAAGAAGAAGAAAUAAAACAGAAAAGGGGGGCAGAAAGCAGGAAACAGGAUAGUAAACAUAAAAGAGGAUAUUAAUAGUGAUAAUAAAAUCAGAAUAAAAUAUUAAUGAUGGUAAUAUAAUUGAUAAAAUGGAAUAAUAAAAAUAAGCAGGAAAAAAAAACAAUAAAAUCAAUAAAGGGCCUGAAAGGUAAAAUAAGAAAAGAUUAUAAGUAAAACAAAGACAUUCAUGAAUAAAACAUUCCUAAAAAAUAUAUAUAGACUUUAAACAGCACAAUAACAGCUGCAGGAGAGAGAACCAAAAUAUGGCAGAUUUGGAGUGAGUAAAAAUGACUAAAUGACUUCUUAUCACCACAUGAAUUCCCUUGAAAAUCACAACUUUGUGAUUGUUAUUCAUAACCGCUGCGCUAAAUAAAAAUAGCAUGCAAAUUCCAGGACCACUCUUACUGACCUUAUUCGCCUUCAUGCAGCUAUUAAAUCCAACCAAACCUACUUUACCCUCUAUCACUAUUGCCAGGUGAAAAUCAUACGAACAAGUGCCUGUAGGAAAAAGCAGGUUUUGGAUCAGAGAAACAAAUAUGCCUUCAAAGAUGUCAAAGGCAAUGCUGAAGCCACCCAGGGACCCAUGAUACUCAGACAAAAAUGCAACAUCAUGAAAAUCACGUAAACAUGUUUGGUUGGGGGAAAAUCAACCAGCGAUCGUGUUCUAGUGUUAAACCAAAAAAGACCAGGACUCGUAGGGUCCUGUGGUCAUACUCAGCAUGGAGUUAGUGAUCAAUUGACAAAAAGAUACAAGUGUUUAUCACGCCUCAAUACACCAGAAAAAAAAAGCCCAAAGCACUCUGCAGUUUUCUCUGACUGUUUCACCUUUCUCUUUUGUCUCCAGGAUUAGACGACUACGGCUACAUUAAAAUGAUCAACUUCAUACGGUCCACAGUAAGUACCGCCAUGUAUCAGCAGGAUUAAAAUUCACUUCAUAGCUUCCAUGCUCCAUGAAUAUGACUGCAGGAGUUAGUCAUGUUUUGGUGUGAUUUAUAGCUACAAUAGAAUAGAGGGCAGAUUUUUUUAACAAAUUUUUGUUCUAUAGAAAUGUGAUGCAUUAAGUCUGACGGGGCUACCAGACGCUCCUUUACCCUGGGAGAGUGAGGACUUCCUGCGGCCCGUCCUACAGGAUGACCCUCUUCUGCAAACAGGUACUGCAACUCGUCGUACUCUGGGGGGCUGGUUUGGCCCAGCGGCUAAAACACAUGCCUCAUAUACAGAGCGUGUGCAUAGUCUCUGCCUCUCUGCAAGGGCAAAAAUGCACAAAAUUAAGUGAGGAAAAUAGUCCUACUUUCUCUGUGCAGGUGAAGAUUUUGAUUUGAGUUUCCGACCCCAUGAAAGUGGUUUGUUACUCCUUCGUUUACUGAGGUGUUGCUUGUUUGCAUAAUUUUCCCAUCCAUCCCAUUAUGCUGUUGUUUUCUCCCCUCUAAAAUGAUUAGUUUGCUCUUACAUAAUGCUGUGUAGAGCUAACAAAACAAUACCGCAAGUAGGUGACCUUUUUUUCAAGUGUCAACAUUUUCUCUCUGCCAGCUUCAGCUCUUUAUUCUGCCUUCAGUUAUAUUAAUCCCAGAACUUGUUUUAAAAACUGUAAUUUGAGCAGGAUUUAGUUUUUGUGUUCAUACAAACAGUCUGAGUGGAGUUAGGCAAGGUAAGUUUAUUUGUAUAGCACCAUUCAUACACAAGGCAAUUCAAAGUGCUUUACAGAUGCAACAAAAUACAUAAGAAAUUAAAAAGGGGGAUUCAAAUGAUUUAAAAUCAAAAAGACAUCUUAAAAUCAAUGAAAUAUUAAAAUGUAAAGUCAUUAAAACAGUUCAAAUUGACAGAACAGCGAAAUCGAAGUAAAAGUAAAUGAAGGGUAGAGUGACACUUUUCUCCACAUGACCCUGAGAGUGACUCGCCUCACGCAGAGCCCAUCCUUGUAUUUUGCAGUACUUAGCAUUUGUCCUUUCUCCAGGAUGAUUUCCUUUUGUUGUAUUUGAACAACUUUGCAUGUUAAUAGCUUUAGAAAGAGGCCCUUACUUCCUGGCGAUGUUUACAGCAUGACUGUAACAUCUUUUCAAGACUCUCAAUAUGAAAACUCGAGAGAUCAGCAGUCGGAGUGAAUAUUUUUGUGGUAUACAAAUCUGUGCCAGCAGCUCAUAUUGCUCCAUAUGUUGUUUCUUUCAGAUCCUGAGGAGCUCUGUAGUGUUGAGGGGUCAAUCCAGCCUACGUGCCCUUUGUCUGUGGCAGAAUCCCAUGAUGCACUGCUGCAGAAGGCUCAGGCUGCUGAAGAGAGAGCCCGUCGCUCAGAGGAGGCGCUGGCCAGAGCCAUGGAUGACCUUCACAAACUCAAGUCAGUCACUUUUUUUGCAUUUUGACCUCAUUUUAGAUCUAAAUUUUAGAUCGUGCUUGUCUGUGCACUUGAGGUUCACUUAGAGUGAAUUCAGCCCUGCACUUCCCUUCAGCAGCCAGCAGGGGGACACAGUGAACACAGUUCAGCAGAACCAUCAACUAGAGUACCUUGUGAAAUAAGUUUUGGAGGAAGAGGAAAGAUAAAGGAGGGAAGGGAAAAUUCCACUGCAGCAUGGAGGUUAAAGUGAGGAGGGGAGGUAGGAAGGGGGAGCAAUAAAGGAAAAUUACAGAAAGAGUGAGGCUGGGGGGUGUUGGAAGAGAGUUAGAAAGAUAAAUGCCUCCCAUCUACUCCAUUUACUGCUUCGUCCUGCAUGAAGGUUGUGUGUGCUUUCUGCUUUCUGGUCUCUGCCUCUGUCCCGCCUGCUAAUAUAAAAAGUUAAACUCGAAUUUCUUUGGCUUUUCUCUCAGGCUGCUGGCUCAGGGUUUGGUGCUGAACGCAGAAACCAGCAAAUCUGGCAACCUGGGCACUGUGGCCGAACUCCGAGAGGAUGAAGACGAGGCCUAUUUCAGCUCCUACGGCCAUUACAGCAUCCAUGAAGAAAUGCUGAAGGUCUGGGAUGUGCAAACACACACACACACACACACUUCAAACACAUACAUGACAGGGUCUGCAGGUCUCAUUAAAGUCUCAUGAGUCAUUCCCGCCGGGUGCAGGCAUCUCUGCAGAGCGAAAUCUAGUUCAUCAGCGCAAGUCUUGGUUGAAAGAUUUCGAUGUAGCACGUAAAUGAAAGCGAUCGUCUUUAUGCACACACACACACACUGACACAGACGACAAGACAUUCUCACCAAAGUGUCAAAUCAGCAAUAAGUGCUGAGCGCUCAUGUAAGACAGCAGCAUGCUCCAAACGUGGAAAUUAAUUUUUACACUCCUCAAGCUCUGAAACUUGAAAGUGUCAGCAAGCUGAGGGGUGUGUGUGUGUGUGUGUGUGUGUGUGUGUGUGUUGGGGGGUGUCAACUCUGUCUCCUCCCUUCCCGUUCUAGUUACUUACUGCAGUGCUUAGCCAUAGUCCUGUCGGCCGUCCUGAUUGGUGCGCGGCUCUGUUAAGUUUUGCGUCAUGUGUGUGUGCGUCAGGCAGUAAACUCCAUCUGAGUCUCUGGAGGGGCCUGAGAACACGUGACGAGGGGCUUUGCGGUAGAAAAUGGUCAACUUUUUUACAGGUUUGCCCGAGUUUAUGACAUCCUCUGUAUAAAUGCGUGUGAGAGAGAGUGAGGGAAAAUGGCACGAGGAUUUUAAAAGUUUGUUUGGUUGGAUUUAUGCCACUUUUAUCUCAAAUGAAGCAAAUUUUUAUUUGCAGUAUUUGCCUGAAAUUGUUCAAUGAAACUGUAAAUAUCAAAGAGACAAGAAUAAGGGGAGAUUUUUUUAAGGUAAUCCUUUUAAGAUAAUCGUGCCUCACUUCACAGGAAUUUCAUCAGCAUGAUUUGAAGUCGAGUAUCAAAGCGUCUUAGUGUUUUUCUUCCACGAGAGAGUAUUAAACAUCGACAGUGUUUCGGGUAAUUUUUAUUUUUUUGCAAAACAUUGGCUUAAUGGAGAGUCAAAAAUGAUUCCCACAUGGGAGUAUGGAAGACUGAUUUCUCCAGACCAGUCCGGGACAGUUUGAAUCAUUUCAUUUUUGCAGACAGGAAUAAACUCGGCUGCAUGCGACUGGACAGACCUGCAACCAAUCAGAUUAAGACAGCAUGUGUUACAGUUAGGGAUGGGCGAUAAAUAAUUGUUCAUGAUAUAUCGUAAGAAAAAUCCUCCAUGAUUAAUAUUUGCCAUCCCAUAAUAAGUACGAUAAAUGCAAGUUGAUGAAGUAAGUGUGAGCGAUGGACUCGCAGCCAUCGUCCACACAGAGCAGAAUAACAAACAUGGCUGAAGGUAAUGAAGAAGACGUUUCUGAGCAGCUCGUUACUGAACGAGGCUCAACAUGAGGGAUUUCCUUCAAGAUUGGGGUUUAGAUGAGUGCAAUCAGGUAUGCCUGACAUCGGACAGUAGAUCUGCUGCUGUUCACUCUGUACAAUAAGAGUUUUCAAUGAAUGUUAAAAAUGUUUUCACAUUUGAGACUUGUUUGAUGUCAUUAGUUUUCUCCAUAACCUACCACUUGAACUUGUUAAGUAUUUUAUUUGACUACUCCAACUGGUGUUCUCAAGACAAAAUGAGUCAAAAAUAUAGAUUACAGUUUUAAUAUUUUUUUAUCGGGACUUUUAUCGUUAUCGCCAGAAUUACAAAUCUUAUCGUGAUCAAUUUUUUAGCCCAUAUCGCCCAUCCCUAGUUAGAGUACAUAACAACAGAAAAUGCAAACGGACAGCAGCAUGCAGAGGGAAGACGCACAUUUCUCUAUCUGACAGAAUAUCAGAUUUUUUUUACCCUGCAGUUACUGUUCACUGUUUCAGUGUAAAGGCAAUAUUUAUGGAAAACUUUAGAAAAAACAAAUCUAACACAGUCAAAGCAGGACAAGAAGUGACAGAAACUUCUAAUCAGAUGCUUCUAUAAGGAACUUACAGUUUGUGUCUAUUCAUUCCCACCUGGUGAUAAAAAAAAAAACACACAUCUUAUGUUUUUGCUGAUCUCAUCCUAAACAUGUUUUAAGUGUUUUCAGCUUAAAAUCACUAUCUUCUGUAUGUAAACGGCAAACACAUCAUUUUCUGUCAUUGCUUUCCCACUGAAGGAAAUGAACAGCCCUCUCUGCAGCAUACUGCGAACCCCUCUGUCUGACAUCCACCCCAGCAGAGUUUCAGUCUCGAUACGGGUGGUUUUGUUCGCUUUACUAACUCCUGCGUAUAAUCACAACUCAGUGCUGUCAUGUCGAAGUGUUUGCUGUGAAGGUUAAUUUACCUUAGGUGUGUUAUUUUGCAGAGAGGCUUCAUAUCAGCCGCUCAUGUUCCUUUUGUGUUUAGCUGUAUGAAGUGUAAGUGUUGAAAAAACAUGAUAUCAGAGCUAAUUGGACGAGCCGUAGAUCGUAGGAUGAGCACAUUAAUCAUUCAAGAGGUCUCUGUGGUCAUCCCGUGCACUUUUCACAACUUUCUGUGUAAUGGAUGUCAUCCUGUGGCUCCGGAUUAAUUUCAAACCAAGAACUGAACUUUUCUAAUUCCUCUUCAUCUCAGACUGAAUCAUGUUACUGUCAUUUCAAUAGAAUCUGCAGCUUUCCUUCCACAGAGGAGGUAGAGUAGGCAGUUGUGGACGGGCUUGAUUGGCAGGUUAAUUAGCGAGUCCUGAACUGACCUCCAUUAGGGUCCUUUUGAGCUAUAUUGAGACCACCUAUUUAAUCUAAAUUCAUCAUAAAGACCCUGUAAAAAAAACUGCUCUGGAUGUUAUAUUCAAUAUUCUAUGUCAUCAUCAUCAUCAUCCAAAAACAAACACUCAUAGAUGUUGUGGCAUCGUAAACAUUUCCCCAGCACUAAGAAAUUGGUUGCACGCACAUUAUCGAAUCUUUUCCCGUCUCUCUACCAAAGACAGAUCGUCAUCGCUGAUGUUUGAAUUUUCUCUCUCCACAGGACAAAGUACGCACGGAGAGCUACCGCGACUUCAUGUACCAUAACCCCGAAGUGUUCGAAGACAAGGUGAGCCAGCUGGAAACAUACAGCGGAUGUGUCUGAAUGUGUUUCUGCAGCAUGAAUGGGGGGGGAGCCGAGCCCAUUCAGAGGAAUAGGCGUGUUGUUGCAUUUUGCAGGAAAGGCAUUAAUAAGGUGAUGGUGUCUGAUUUAAACCGCAGCACGACUUUAUUAGCACCUCCAACGUCGACUGCAGAGCGCUGAUAAGAGACACAUGCAAUCCACCGCCAAACCCAUAACAGCCCUCCCUCACCCAGCCCCAAAAACCCUUCCAGCUCACCCCCCACUAUUUCUUCACCAUUGCUUUUAGUUGCAGGAAGCACUGGCCUGUAUCAUGACCAUCCAUUAUAUGGGCGGCUGCUGGUUAGUGCAGAAGAGGGAGGCAGGCUGCGUUGAUGGGAACGUACAUUAUCCCUGUCAGAGCAAAACACACGCUAGAGAGGGAAGUGUCACCUUCUACAGGGAGAGCGAGAUCGAGAACAGAGCAGGAUCCUCUCGUUUCCGAUCUGCCAAGACGGACUGAGAAGAAAGAUGGAGAAGGGAGCGAGUUUGUCGAGUCAGCAGUGUGUCGGCGACCCCCCGUGAACCCAUAAAGGCAGCGGGACGCGUACAGAGAAGUUAAAGUGGCCUUAAAUAGAGAGGCGCAUAAACAGAGUCACAUAUAGCCGGGGUGUUUAGCCAUUGCAGCUGUGCUCACGGCCGUUAAACACCAUUGGGGGCAAAGAUGAACAAAUUAACCGCAACCUAUGGGAACCUGAAAUAGAGGUGAUUAAAAACUCAGUCGACAGCGACAAAAAGUUACUUGAGUGUCCUGAGGAUUUAGAGGCACUUAAAGAAGUUGAUAUGAUGAAGACUUUGGGCAAACUCAGCACGUCCAAACAUUAAAGUGAAUGGAUUAACACAGAGAGUUUAUUCCUUUGCAUGAAAGCAGCUGGAGGUCACAGAGAAGAGAUGAGGUCUGCACAAUCCUUCAAAAUAAUCUCCACCCAGUGUGCGAGGCUUCCUGACAGGUGCUGCGUGUUAUUUUUCUACUCUAAAUCAUGUAAAUAUCAAGCUGAUUCUACAGUGUGAAGGUGUAAGGUGCGGUAUUUCUCUUACCAACACUCCCAGCCCCACAGAGCUGAAUACUAAGGCCAUAACAGUCGUUGCAAACACUAUUGUGGAGAAAUCCACUUACCUGCUUCACUGCCACUUCAUUGCAAAGAGUCUCAGUAUGCAAGUGGGUCUUUUUUCCCCAGCAGGGACAAUAAACAGACAGAAAUUAUCAUCAUGAUUAUAGUUCCCGCAUUAUUUGACUGUUUAAGUGAAUAGUCUUAAAGAUCCAAACGCAGACACGUGAAAAAGCGUCUGUGUCGGAUGCAUGAUUACUUAAAACGUCCUGAGCUAAUCUGAAAUUUCUGACUCUGUGAAGAGGACGUCAUCUCACUGCUUCCUCUCCUCUCUUGCUCUGCAGGUGGUGCUAGAUGUCGGCUGCGGGACGGGGAUACUGUCUAUGUUUGCAGCCAGAUCUGGGGCCAAGAAGGUCAUAGCAGUGGACCAAUCAGAGAUCAUCUAUCAGGCCAUGGACAUAGUCAGGUGAGACUCGCCCUUAAAAAACAAAAACGAGUUUUUCUCAGGUUUAGAUCAAUCUGUCCCCCACAAAUACUUCAAAGUUUAACAUGCAGUUAUUUUAAAAAGUUUUUGAACCUCGAGUAGAGAUCUUUUUCCCCAAGACUUGGCCAAGUACAGCAAUAAUUCAAAGUUUCAACAACAAACUAAUCAGACUUGUGUAAUAGAACAAAAAAAUCUAUUGGAUUAGUCAGCUAAAAGAGUUGCAUACAGGGAGCCUGCUUUUCAAAUGUAUGAUUCAGAUACAUUCAGAUUGUUCCAGGUGGAAAGAUGCAGAAGGUGAAGAAUAUCCUCAGUAGUCAGGAUUAACAAAUUGCACAACAUCUAAGGAACAAAAGUUGUUGUGGUCCUGGAAAGACCACCCUAGGUAUGAUGGCAAAAACACAAAAAACAAACAGGAUUUGGCAGACAAGUUCUGCCUCCUGUCUACAGUCCGAUCAUACUUUAACGCCACAUGACCAGAGUAUUGAGAAUCAGCCACUCCAGAGGCUCUAUGAAUCAGACCUUCAGUAUUAAAGAGGUCGGCCAACAGCUUUGUCCCACGUCUGCACCGCACAGUAAAUAUGAACUAUUACCAUCAAACCUGAAAGACAGGGUCCUCUGUUUUAUUAAGGUCAGACUCCACAGCUCUUUGUACACCAGGCAGUCUGAAAAUUAAAAGUCUGAUCCCAGAUUGAAGGUACACUAAAGAGCUUUAAAAUUUUGUGAUAAGGUCCUUACACACCGGGACCAACGCAAAUAUACGACAAGAAAUUACAAAAUAUUCGGAGGCGAAUUUUGACGCGCCUGACUAUACACAUCAAGCCUGAUGUGAUUUUGCGACUUUCCGGGGGGGAAAUGACGUGUCCGGGGUGGAAGCAAGAAGACUGACACAACAGCAGACAGAGUGUUUUUCAGUUCUGAUUAGACACUAGUGUUGAGAUGACUGUCUGUCAUGAUAGCAUGUACUGAGUCGGGGCCAGUACCAGAUAAGCACAUUAAACUAUAAUCCAUAAACGUAAGGUAACAACAGAGACCUAAUGGUGCUGUGACAGCAACGCGAUUGAGUUUGAGACAGUGAAAAUAUGGUAUGUUGUAUCUGAACAGGUUAGCUUACAAGCUAAAGUUACUUAGCACAGAUGAAAGUUAAAACAAAAGACGUUUAGCAAACUGUUAAAGCACACAAACCAUCGUCAUAUGAGAAAUCCGACGCUUUGACUCUCCACAAGUUGUCCUUCAGGUCGUUAUCUUUGUAAUGUUUGUGUCUUUUAUCAAAAAGCACGCUGUUCUCCGACACGUAAACAAUCAGCCUGUCGGCCAUGUUGGAUAUACCGGUGAAUCUGACGUCGCAGCAACACGAAACCUGAUUAGUCAGAGGUAGAAGUGGAAACACAGUAUGCAAAACUUUAGAACAAUCGACCGUGAUACAAAAAAAUAAAUGCCGCAGUAUCACAGGAUGGGAAAACAUCGCUUGUAUUGACAGGAUACGUCCGAACGUCCGAAAGGACCUUCAGGGUGAAUGUAUACAUCACUGUAUCUUGAAAAUUUCAAGCAUCAGCCAAUCAAGUCCUUGCAGCAGCAGAUACUUUUUGCAAGCCUGUGUAUUUUUGUCACCAAGAGGUGAGCGCACGCACAGGCCUCCUUCCCUUUAUCCUGAAGCAGAGGAUUGUGGGACUAGAGGUCUGCGUGACCUCCAGCCACCUCUUUAUUUGUUGCAGCUGGUUGACUUCAAUAGAGCUGCUGUCAGCGCCGUGGCCAUAAUGCACAUAAUUUACUCCUGCAGUCUGACUCAUUCACCCCUCGCCUCUUCUCCGCUGCCGCAGCUUCAGCCCAAGGCCUGCAGCCACACACUCACAAACACACACAUAAACACACAACCAAAUAUGUAGAUGACCCCCUGAUGGUACUUUUUAAUACACUCCUCCGUCCAAUUUCAGUUACUGUGCGUUUCAGCUCUCAGGAGGCCGGUCCUCUGCAGCGCUGUCAUUUACCUCCACCAGAGCUUCCGCCGUCCCUCCGUCUACCUGCGACCACUUCCUCCAUCGCACCCCUGCUUCAGAAAUGCAUUUUUGAGUUAGGGGCCAUAAUGACAGCUAUUAUUACCGUUAUGUAAGAGAGUGUCGUAUAAGCAAAACAACAGGGUUCGCUGAAGGAAAAGGACGUUUUAAUUUUACAGCCCACUGACUCGCUGUCGGAGUGUGUGUUGGCAUGCAAGCAGCGUCACAGGUUCGCCAGCGGUGAAGAUUCAGCUGAAGGAAGAUGCGUAGCGCCCUCCUGCUCCUACACACUCCAUCAUAUACACACAUACAUUUCGAAACGCACACAGACUCCGCCCUCAGGUUGCUUUAAAUCAACUGUUUGCUCUGGUUGUGACUCUAAAGCUCUUAUUCCUCAGUAUGUGUGCAUGCCUGUAUGCAGCCGGCCUUUGUGUGCCCAUCACUUCCUCUUGCUGUUAAUACCAGGAUUGUAAUUAAAGUGGCUCCUGUUGGUUAGGCAGCAGCAUCCAUCUCCUGUCUCCACUCUGUCGCCACCAGAGUUUAAAUGAAAAGCUGGAUGUGACUUCUUUCCUUCACAGUCACUUCCUUAAUGGAUAAUGUCCAAAUGGAUUUUUUUUUUUUUUUAAAUGGCUGGAAUUGAUGGAUGAUCGGAGAGAAGGCUUCGAAUUGUGACAACAAAGUGGAAAAACUAAAAGAUAUUUUGACAUAGAUGAGUGAAAUUAGAACUUUUGAUGGUAAUGCAAACUUAAGAUUGACAAAUCAUGUAUUUGGUAUGUUAACUGGUAUCAGUAUCACCAAUAUUAAACAUUAAUGAAGGCUGCUGAAAAGCACUUAACCAUCCCAUAUGGACGAUUUUUAAUUUAUAUCUUCAUGUCACAGCUAUUUUGAAAACUUAAAGUAACAUUUAGUUUAUAAAACGUACUUUUAAUUCCAUUUUUGUCAUCAAAAAGUGAGCUUCAUUCCACUCUGGUGAAGCCUAGUCAAGUGCUGGUUUGAUUAGAAUAGUCUUCCCAAUUUAAGACAAGUGACUGGUAGGCGUGGAAGGCAUACCACGCAGGGAGCAGUGGCAAAACUCUGUGGUGUUAGAGAGAGCUACACAGCUGCACAAAGACUGUACAUUGCUGAACCCAAAAGAAGUCUUUCCACAGGACACAGUUCAGGCUUUUGCACUUUUCUGGACACCCUCAAAAACAGAGUCCAACUCAUUUACAUCUGCGUCUCAAACACCAGAUUUAUUGUUAUUUCUGAUUGGUCAGAACUCCACAGCAGCAGUCUUUAAAUUCUUGAUAGCACCCUGUUGCCAUAAUGAGAACGCUGUUGCUAGGGAUGCAGCUUAAGAGGACACAGUUCAGGCUUUUCCCAACUUUCUGGGUGACCUCAAAAACAGAGUCCAACUCAUUUACAUCUGCGUCUCAAACACCAGAUUUAUUGUCAUUUCUGAUUGGUCAGAACUCCACAGCAGCAGUCUUUAAAUUCUUGAUAACAUACCAUUGCCAUGAAAAGCACGCUGUUGCUAAGGGUGCAGCUUUGAUCGAAAACUCGGGAGGACUUACUGAAGGGAGGCUACAGGGUUAACAGUUACUAAUGCACACAUCUUAAACUGUGAACAUAACAGAAUAUUUUUAAUGGCAGAAAUAUUACCGUUUUUAAUUAACGACGUAAUUGAAGUUCAAUAUUAGAUGUAAAAUUGUUGAUUAACUGAGUGAGCAGCUGUGUAACAAACUCAAUAACAAUCAGAUUGAACCGCUUUAGGGUCUGCUCACUCUGUUAAGGCUCCAAUUAGCCAUAUUAAUAUUUGAUUGAUUUAAUUUUAUUACAAACGUGAUAUAAAAAAAAACACAACCACUGCACAGAAAAUAUAAUUUCCAGAAAUAUGAAGAACAGUGCAUGGUUGAUGGUUCUGUUGACACAUUCAGAAAGGAGUGAAAAGAAGCACACACAUCAAACCCACCUCCAUAAGUCAUCGUUAAAUCAUCAAACUUUGUUGACAAAAAACACGACUUUCUAAGAGUUUUUUUUUCUAAACUUGUUUUUAACAUCACUUCACACUGUAUAUAAGAUUCAAACACAAGUAAUUUUUAAAUGCGCUUGAUCUAUAAAACACUAGAAAGCCUAAUGACAGGCGUAAAAGGGGUCAAUAGCUUCAAUUAAUGCAAGCGUAUUUAAAAACUGCUUGAUUAAUGGACUAUGAGGUUUCUGCCUGGCAGCAUCAUUAUAUAGUAUGUGCCGUACGUUAGAUGUAUGUUCAUAUUUCAUGUAUGUGUGUCUACACCCACAUACCAAAAGGAAAAAACCUUCAAAUUUGCACUCAUGAAUAAAAACAAAACUUAACGAAUAAACGGUCUGUAAACACCCAAUGAUGAUAUAUUUAUGCCUCUUUUUGAACUGUUUUGUGUCAGACAUGCCUUCAUCGCCUCUUUUAAACUGUUUGUGUGCACAUGAACAGUUUUUAGAUUAAAAAAUCUUCUUAAAUUAAAUCUUCCUUUUUUUCAAAUCUCUCAGGAUACAUCAAGCCUUACAUAAUUGACAUUAAAAACCCCAAUCACAGGAGACGGCAGUUAUUUAAGAGCAUUGUUUUUUGCUUUAAAAAGUGCAUCCCCUUUCCCUCUGUCUCCCCUGUAUUCACAAACACACACACUCUCUCUCACACACUCACACACAAAGCUGCACAGAUACUGACUCUCUCCCUAGAGUCUUGACAUUGUCCUCUAAAUUACCCCAAUAAUGAGAUUACAGUGUUUCCCUCUUGUGAAAGGUGGAGGAGGUGGGAGGUGUUGGGGGGUGGCGGGUGCAGGGUGGGGGUGGUUGGAUUCUGGGAGGAGGCGAUAGCAGCUUUAGCAGAGCAGCAGAGAGGGGAGAGACAGUUCAAGAUAAGGAUCGCUGCCACAGAAAUGCACUCUGGGCCGCUGUGAGUAAUUGUUCUGUCCUCGGUAACAUUAGCUGUCAUGAUAAUGGAAUAUUCACAGAGAUUGAUACCCGGACUGGCCGGUCUGAAAGGAGGGAUCAUUUAAACAGAAGCACCCAUCGUACAGUCCCCUACCUGAGCCUGACACCUCUGCAGGCCUGUGCUUACAGCUUACCCUUCCUCACUCUUCCCUCACGAAUGAAAUACAGCAAGAAAGGAAAAAAAAACUUGUUUUUAUAAAUCUACACAGCUUUAAAAAUUGACAAAAAGGUUUCCCCAGAAACUGUUCGGGUUUGUAAUUUGCUUUUAAAGGUUGUUGGUGAUGAUGACGUGACUGAUACUCCCAGUGACUUUGAAGCACAGUGAGUGAUUUUACCUAAACGCUCUAAAGUCGAGACAUGACUCUGCAGUUCCCUCAAACUUUACUCCAAGUUUUAAGAGUCUUUCAGCUCAUUGCUCUGGUGUUACAACCUGCAGCUUCACCAUUUUAGGAUAGCUAUGAUUAUGAUUCAAGAGAUGGACAUGGUUGGCUAUUCUGUCAACUUUAAGCACCUAUAAUUUAGUUUCCUGUAGUGUUUGGCAAUGCUGUGUUUAAAAAUGUAAAUGUAAGAUGUUUUAACUUAACCUUCAUAAUAAAACAGUGAAGAAUAAUUUGGUUUGGUUAUGUUUAGGUGAACUGAAGAGUAGUAGCCUUGCUGCUGCUUUUGGGAUCACUUGCAUGCAGGGAGGAUAUUGCGAGUCUGUACGAAGAGUUGUGUUGAAUGUUCUGUCAGGUAGGGUUCGGGUUGAUGCUGUAGAGGGUAAAUAAACAUGACCCAGCAAUCGAGGCCACAUGAACCUCAGGGGUUAGCUUGUCAUCAAUCAUGACACCCAGAUUCCAGGGGGACUUAGUGAGCAUGGAUUAAUUUGAUCCAAUCUGAACACGCUUUGCAAAACAAGCUAGUCAGUGCCACCCAAAUUAGUCUCUGUACAUUUCUCUGAGUAUUGCAGCUUCUGUCUGACUUAUUUCUACCUUCAGUAAUCACCAGUUUUAGGUUUUAAUUUUUAAAAUUGUGCUGUGUUUUCAAGUCUCCUGCAUUUUUUCCAACAGAGCAAACAAACUGGAGGACAAAAUCACGUUGAUAAAAGGCCGCAUAGAAGACAUCAACCUCCCUGUGGAGAAGGUGGACAUCAUCAUCUCCGAGUGGAUGGUCAGUACAUCUUUGACACUUGUAAAACCAUCAAAAGCUGUUUGAUUGUAGGAGUACUAUUGUGUUUAAAAUCAGCAACACUGUUUUAUUAAGGAGUGGAUAAGUGUGAUUGUUGAUCUUAAAGCCACUACUUCCUCAUGUAUGGGACGAAACAAGAAAGAAAUAACAGGUACUGCUUUGUCCACAAGGGGGCACCAAAAUCAAAGUAAAACAAAAGUUCCUCACAGGAGCUUUAAGUAGGUUCAAAAUCCAAACCAUUUGGAACAAUUUUCAGUUUAGAAACAUCAAAAUAAUCCCAAAUGAAGUGUGGAGAGUGGUAUAAAUAAAUCUCAUGUUAUUUAGGGUACUUCAGAUACAUUCACUCUAGCUCACCUAUCCAUUCAGCGCAUCUCACUCAAGUCUGUCAUGAAAAUUUUAAGUUUAAAUACCUGGUGUGUUGCAUUGCCUACAUCCUCUGUAGUCUAGAAUAAGGGAGCGAUACAAGGGGUCGUCAAAUAAGUCUCUCUUUUUUUUUGGCAUUUGUGUGUGGAGAGAGAGUGGAGGAUGAUAAUCCAGCAGGGGGACUUAGGGUUAGAACUGCCGCCUCUCUACAUGGUAUGGCAACUUUUAGAGGUUUAAGAAAUGAGCACCAACACACCAGACUGGUUGUAUUUUAUCUGUCUUCACCAUUUGACAAGUGUUUUCACACAGAGAAUUCAGAGUAGGUGUGUCUGCAAAAGAGCUGCAUAUUCCACCCAACAGUAAGACACUGUAAAUACACGUCCUUUAUAUAAAUGUAGAUGCAUUAUCCUAGACUGAAUCCAGUGCGCAUGUUUAAACAUGUCUAAAAGGGCUAAAUGUGACCAUGAGCUUCUCUGGAUAUCUAACCAGGUAGAGCAGUCCUUCUGCCUCCUGAUACCCAUUUAUCAGGGAGAUUCUCAGUGGCGAUACAGGCAAGAUGGCCAAAGUUGAAUGCACUGCAGAAGUCAUCCCUAAUUCAUGAGCAUCCCGUAUCUGUCCCCCCUCCACCCCCCCAACAUCCAUCGUGAAACCCCAGGGUCACGAGCAGGGGUCGCCAGCCACAGCCUUCCCAUCCUCUCAGCAGGGAAAUUGAAAUUCGAUGGUUGACGUGUCGGUGGAACGGUGAGGGAUCGGGGGCGUAAUCUCUGAUGACACCGGCUCACAGGGCGCUAAUAAAUCUAAGAAUUCUUCAGUCACUUCUCAUCAUGGGCAGCAAUGGCAGACAUUUCUCACAGUGACCAGAUCCUCAGAAUCUUCCCUCCAAACUGCCUGAAUAAAACGGAAAAAUGACAGUUGUCACAGGAGAAGACUUUCCCUCGCAGUGUAAAUGGCUUUAGACUGUAUUAAACUUUAAUGGCUUUGUCUUAUAGCCAGGUGGUGUCCUCUUAUCUCAGAGACACUCUGGGAAGUCAUCACUUCAGAGUGUAACUUUUCACUUUUAUAUUUUUUACUUCAGAUGUUAUAUUUCCCUCUUCUUUAAGUACACUUUAAAAAGCUAUUAAAAGUAAACCAUUAAAAGUAUUUGUUAAAGAAAAUGACAAAAUUAUGAAAUAUAAAGUUUAAAUAAGUACAGUAGACAUAAUGCACAAUGUAACAGGCACUGUAUUGGCAUUAAGGGGGCUUUCACACCUACGCCGUUUGGGCCGGACUUUCUGACUUUCCUGUUUAGUCCGAACCAAAAUGAUAGGUGUGAAACCUCCUCAGGACCUUGGUCCGGACAGAAAGUGGUGGUCUUGGCCCGGACCAAACUGAACCACGGUCUGGUUCAUGCCCAGUGUGAAAGCAUUAUUUUGAAAGGUUCGGACCUUCGUACCAAAGACAGGAAAUGAUUCGAAGAGUACAAGUGUUCAUUAUUAUGCUGGUAGAGAUUGUCCAAUAACAGGAAAUUUUACUAUAUUGUAAAUUCCUCACAAUUUACAGCUCAUCUUUUCAACAGUUUUACUACACAUACUUUUCCCUCUAGGGUCGGUGUUGCAGUGGCUCGCAGGAUAGUAUUCUUUCUUUUCCUUUACUGUCAUUGACAAUUAAGUUGUCGUCUAAUGAUAAAAUUCACAAGACAAACUCAGACCAGCCUCAUGUACAGCUUUUAAAGUCAUCGCUGUUGGUAGUUAAAAUUCAACAAUAAUGUGGUGGGGGGGAAUGACAAUUUUAUUCUUGUUUACAAUUCAAGACCCGCGUUAUUCAACGUGUUUGACGUCAGACGCCCACCAGCCAAACGACCAAUCAGUGUAAACUACAGAGACAGCAAAGCACGUAGUUAAUGACGAUAUCAUGUAGGUUCGUCAUGUAAAGUCUGUUAGUCUGUUUGUAAUAAUGACAGUGAGAAACCUAAACAGACCGAACCAAAAUGUAUACAGUCAAACGAAAUCACUGACUUUGGUCCAGACUUUCAGGUGUGAAAACACCCUAAUUUAACAUUGGAAGUCCACACAGCAUUGUUAACAUUACUGUAAUAGUAACAGGCUCUGGGCUAGGAGGGAGUCCAUAUCAGGUACAGGUGCGAGAGUGCCCAUACCUGCUCCUCACAAGCGUCAUCAAUGAGGCUAGCAGAGUAAAAACCUCACGGAAAACAAGUCCUGCUCUUUAAAAGUAUAAAACUAUUACGCACAAAAGUUUUAAAGUAAUUAGUAAUCUGUAAAAGCAGCAAACAAAGAACACAGAAACAUCAAAACGCUGUACUUCUGUGACUUUGAUACCUUGGCUUUGACAUAGUUUAAUGGAUGACUCUUGAGUUUUCUGACCCUGCUUAAAAUACAUGCACAAACACAUCCACGCUGGCCCAGACAAAACUGGCCAAAUUUAGGUCAAAGCUACAACUGCUCAGGGAUGCAGGAGAGGGAAUACUGUAACUAAGAAUAGAUUAUCAUCCAGCAGUUUGUCCUGCACAGAGUAUCCACAUGCUCGGUAUGCCUCUAGUUUGUACAAACUCGAUGACAUAAAAAGGAAAAGGUCAGAGUGAAAAAGUGAAACAGACAACUGGGCUAAAAACGCGGAGUGCCUUUCACGCUGUUGGACUCUACUUUGUCGAGGCAGAAAGAAAUAGUAGCAGUCUAGUGAGUCUGUUGUCACUGAACAAUGUAAUUAAUCUGGAACGUAGAAUUAAUAAGCCCUCCGCUCCAUGCUCUCUGCAUCUCCUUGGGCUUUCUGUUGAAAUAAAUGUGUUAUUUCUGUAAAAGAUGUAAAAGGAGAACUACUUUCAUCAGUCACCGCUGGUGUUGUGAUUGAAAAUGCAGUUCUUCGGUCUGGAAAGUAGUCCAGACUUUGUUAAAAAUAUUCAAUAAGGAAAGUUUUGGCUUAUGUUAGGAAAGACUGGAGUAUUAUACCGUAUCAUUCUGAAAGUAGAAAGUAACAGAGAAAACAGAUGAACUGCUUACAUUAGAGAUGCUGUACUACACAACUUAUUAGGGCUGAACGAUCUUGUAAAAUAAUCUAAAUGUGAUUUUUUUUGUUUCGGCUGUUUCAAAAUAAGAGGAUUUAACAGAAUAACUUGAAUUUCUAUUGUAAAUAAAUUAAAUCUGUUUAACAUCAGAACUAAGCUUGGAUUGGCUGCUUGUUUUUAUCAUGCAGUACUGAAGACACUCAUGUAGGAUGAAGAUGGGAUAAGAGUGGGUCUGAUCUGACAAGAUGGGACUCGAUCUUAUCCCUUUAGGUUGAUGUUGGUUCUCGUUUUAUUGAUUGAUUGAAAACCACAGUAUUCUUCUACAUAUCAAAAACAGAUAACUGUCAAUUAGAGAUGUAAUGGAAGAGAAACAAACGAUGAUAUCAGUGAAGUCCAGCUGUCAGAGUUGUUGAACCGGGUGGACGGACAGCGGUUUCAGGGCUCAUAGACUGAGAUGACUGAUGGAGGUGGUGUUUCUGUGCUGUUGCUGCUGCUGGUGGAGGAGAAGAGGGCAAAUAGGAGUCUGUCUGCUAUGGCAGAGUUUGAGAGACUGCCUUCAGCUGAACCUCUGUCAUUUCAUAACUCACAACAUUGAUCGGUCCUCUCUCUCAGCACACAGGAAAACAAACAGAGCAGAUAAGAGGCUGGAGGGGGUGAUGGGGGCGAGGAGAGCUCAGUUUCCCAAAGGCUGAAUAAAGAUUGUCACUCUGAGAUCAAUCUCAGGUGAUAGGCCUGCUGGCUUGAUGGUGUUUAAUGGAUCGGACAUUUAAUUCGGACAUGAGAGUAGACGGAGACAGAGAGUAAACUUUUGUUAAAUAGUACAAGAGGAGGUUUUAAUAACUGAAACUUGAAAACCGACGAAGAGCCGGGUUUAACAUCUCCCCUAUAAGGUUUUCUUUAAGGCCACGUCCCUCAGGGGGGUAAGGUUUGACUGCAGAAUAACUGGCAGCAUACAAAUACACACACCCACAAAGUCUGGAUCAUUGUGUGUGGUGUUGAUGUGAAGUGAAAUUACUGGCAGCUCUUCCUCUUUAGCCUCAUUAUCAGUGCCGAGAGACUCAACUGCCCAAAAAGAGCGCGGUAGUCAUCAGUCAUCCUGUCCUUCAGUCUGACUGACUGUCAGUCACACACAAACACACAAACAGAGGCUGGUGUCCACACACACACACAAACACACACACACACACACACACACACACACACACACACACACACACACACACACACACACACACACAAACACACACACAGAGUGACAGUGCCACAGGUGUGUCCCAGAUCUAAUGAGGAUUUAUCGGCUUUAUUCACUUCCAAAGACCUUCAGGAAGUCGUUUUAAACCAGCUGAGUGUGAAAAAAUACGCCUGAUGAAAUGAUCCUGAUUGGUCUGUUUUGAUUGUUUGGUGUGAAUCAGAUAUGUUGAUGUAUCAGAACAGAAUAAAUGUGAAUUCAUUAUUUCACACAGGUACAGAGGAGGUGCACCGAGUUGUGUGUGUUGCUCCUGGUGUCAGCUUUACAGAAUACAAAGAGUAACAGGAGACUGAAGGAGAUAAAAUCAGAGUAGGAUCACAAAAAUACACAAAACUAUAAAAUAAUUCAUAACCUGAAUUUGUCCAUCUGUAAAAGUUUAGUUUAAUAAUUUCAUCUUAUUAGUUACAGCACCUUUUAUUUACAGGCUUAUUAACUAUUUAAUGAUCUGUAUUUCUAAAUAAAUCACAUAUCUAACCUAUUUCCUUUUGCUUUAAUGCAUUAAAACAUGUUUUCCUCUUUCACAGUGCUAUAUUUUAUUCUUAUCACAGAUAAAACAAUAUUUAUCAACCCAGAACCAGAGCCAGAGAUUUGUGUCCAGUUUCAAUUUCAGCAACCAACCAUCUCCACCAACUCUCUGCAUUCAGGUUUUUUUUUUCCCUAUUCUCGUGCCGACUGAAGCAUAGACAUAUGGCCAUACAGGCAGCCAUUUACUUUAUGCAGGGAGGCACAAAAAGACCCACAAUGCAGUUCAGUUUAGCGCCAUAUACUGGAUGUGUCUAAAAAGUAAUGUUGCAUUUCUUUCAUUUGGCCAAAACAUCAGAGCAGGAAGUGUUACUGCUCACUGAGUUGAAUAAAUGCUGCAUGCAGAACAAGAACCUGACAGUCAGUCGGAUGUGUCCCUCAAACCGCCGUCCUCAUAAACUCAAAACCAUAACCCUGCAUUGCUCAGAUGACAUUGUUUUUGUGGAGAGAAAAAAAAUGGCUUCCUCGUUCCCUCAAAAUGAUGAAUUUGAUAACAGCCCGUGAAUGCUUGGACAAGUACCUGAGCAAAGACGAGUAUAUUAGGGGUUUUAUAGUGUACUGUAUGUGUGAAUCCACAGCUGUAACUUUUUAUUUUGCAAAGGCGCUCAAAGGCAAACACUGUUUUAUGGUCAUGCUGCUGACCUCUUCUCUGAAAAAGCCAAAGUAAAAUGAUUUCACGGGAAGGUGCCUUUCUGAAAGUCCAAUCAAUACAAAGUUGAUUUAUCCUCCUUAGUUUUCCGACAAGAUUACCGGGCCGUGGAUAAUGUAUAGUGAACAUGCAGUUAUGCUUAUUAGAGUCCAAACAGGGAAAGCUUUAGAAGGUGAGUGGAUUUUGUCUUACUUUGAGGGGAUUAUAAUCUGCAGAUCUACCUGUUCACUACACAUUAUCCUGCUUAUUACUCAGCUACCUGCUAAAGACACGAACAAGUUGAUACAUGAAGGAUCUGAAGGUGGUAUUACUAUCUUAAAACGGAGUAAUUCUCAGCCUACGGGUAAUAAAAGAAGCCCCACUACUUUUAUAGUCGGUUGAUCUAGGGCUGGGCGAUGAACCGGAAAUUUAUCGAUACCGAAAUUUACGACAAUAACCGAUGUAACAUUGCCCAUAUUGGUAUAUUUGGUGUCAAAAAAAUAAAUAAAUCAAAGUUCGUUUUGGAUGUGUGUAGGUAGGCUAUGGUCCCUUUAAGACACUGUCCUACGUCAAUGACGUGACUCCACCCCAUCCAGUCUGUAACAAAGAAGGAAAGACAGGUGAGGAGAUGGAGGACGGUUCAAAAGUUGCAGCAGCUGAAGUAGACAAAGUUAAUGUGUGAGGGGGUGAGCAGCUUGUGGUUAUCGUCUAUUUAUUGUUAUUGAGGUGAACUGAUCAAUAUAUCAUGAUAUUGAUUUGAGGCCGUAUCGCCCAGCCCUAGGUUGAGCUUCCAUGGCAUUAAAUUCUGAUCAGCCUUCCUGCAGGACAAAUUCACAAUAAACAACAUUUCUUUCAAUGCUUAGUGCCAACCUUAAAUUUCUAUUUGGGAGUCAGAUGUUAAGUGGGAUUAUAAACAGUUGAUAGAGUCUCUUCAAGGUGGUGAAAACCCCUCAGCUUUGGAUCAGGGUCUGACUAACCCUAACUAACUUAACAUUGUCCCUUAAUGUGAUCCAUAGUAUAGGAUGAAAAAAAUACACGCUUUGUGCUUAGUUUAGCCUCACACUACACCAAUUUGACAUCAUCACGUAACUUCUUGCGCUCAGUAAUUAAAAGGCCAUGUACUUUAAAAUUCCUCAUGUCGUAAAGUAAUUUGUAUAGUUAGACAAAACAUUUUCCUCUUAAUAUACCGUAACCUCUUUUUAAAUUUACACUAUGUCUCUAUAAUUGAUUUCCGAACAUCCGGCACUCCUUCUAACCUUGCAGCUGCUCCACCAUCUAACCCCUCCAUCUCUCAUUUGCAUGCCUUUAAAUAGAAAUACGGCUGAUACUGGAGCCUUCACAAUGUACACUCAUGGAGCGUAAACACACCACAAUCUAUUACACGGAUGUUUGUGAUAUGUUUAUGCUAAUUCUCAUAUCAUCUGACCAUGGACCGGGCUUGUUGAUGUAAGGUUCUGCCUUGAGUGUUAAGCGAAGCAUGGAGGUAGAGCCACACACACACACACACACCCAUUCAGAAACACACAUACACAUCCAAGCGUGCACACCAUCUCCUUUAUUUUGCCUCAGCCCUCCUGGGACUGGAAGUGAUGAUGAUCUGCAGUAAUUGAGGAAGACGUAUGUAGAAUGCAGAAAGAGAGAGGAGAGACUGGAGGGUGGAGGAGAGUACAAACUGCUGAUGCAGAUUUUGUACCAAAAUGCCUCCUGGUACCCAUUACUACUGACUGCCACCGAUUCCCCAAGGGUCGGUAUGCAUGGAAAUCUGUGAAUUGUAACCCAGAUAACCUUUUUGUACUUUUUUAAUGCAAACAAGAGAUAGGAGAGCAGCUGCAGAGUUAGCAGAUGAAAAAUCUCAGCAGUUUUGUGGUAAAAUACUCCGUCUUCAUAGCAUUAAUGUAAAGUUAUAAUCAGACAAAACUCCUUUAAAAAGGUUAAAUUCUUGGCGUCAGUAACACAGUUGUAAAACGGUAUUUGCCGUACUUGUGUAUAAGUAAAUGUGCAUGUGUGUCAGUGUGUGGUUACUCAGGGCCAUGUGUUUUAUAUGCUAAUUUUGUUAAUGUGUAUAAGCUGCUCCAUCCCAUUCUCAUUAGGAUUUCAUUAGUCUCUUUUAUGGAAAUGCACAGCGCCUAUACUGCAGUGCAUCUCCUGCACCAUCCCGGCAGUAAACUGAGCUGUUUCCUCGACUCCUCUGCUCGUUUUUGUCACUGAGCUCAUGGACAGAAAUAUCUUCUGGGAAAAUUGUGCCAGAAAAAAGGAGAAAUCAGGGUGAUUUCAGAUGAAAUCUUGUUUUUUGUAAUGCAGGUGUGUUUGGGGUAUUUGAGUGCGUGGUUAUAUGAACUAGCUCCUCUUUUUUUUCUAUUCAUGUCAAAGUCUCAACAUUGACCUGCUUUACAACCACAAAUCACCUUAAACUAACAAUUUAAUUUACGAUAAAGUCUGAACUGUGUUUGUCAAGGGCUGCACGAUUUUGGCCAAAAAUGAUCUCCUGAUUUUUUUCUCUGAAAACUCGAUUUUCAGUUUCAGUUUCAAUUUUUUGAGUAACUUGAAAACGAUGUAGUGUGUAUGCCAACUCAGUAAGUGGACAGAAGACAGAAGAAGAGUACAGAGCAUGUGUACAAAGGUUGUUUUGGCUGGACACGCGCAGGCGCCAUAAAAGAGUUUUGCUGUGUGUCACAUGAUCGUUUCCAGAGAUGCAGACAGACAUCCACACUGAGAUGGAAUGGUAGUCGUUUAUGAAUUUAUGCACUCUCUGACCUGUUUUCAAAAAGUACCGUUUACAGUCACCCGAAACGACAAAAAACCUUUUCCUCCUGAAUUCGUUUCCGUGUGGACGGAUUGAUACCGCCUUCAGACAGACUUUGCAGCGGGGAGUGGUUUGCUCUUCAUCCGAAACUGUGAAGCCGUACCAAUUCAACACGGCUGACUUGCUCUUGUCCUAUUUAACCACGAAAUUAUCGCCUUCUUUUGCAAACGCCAUGUUUGUUUACACUGGUGUGUGUGGGAACUGUGGAGCGCUCCCGCAGGGAGGGGGAGCCUACGGUGGCCUGAAGGCGCGAGACAUGAUAGAGAGGAAAAUCGACUUGACGAUUUUAAUUUUUUUAACAUCAUCAUAAUCAAAUAAUAUGAUUCCGAUUUAAAAUUGGUCGGUCAUUCACCCUUACGUUUUUCUAGUGGCGGUGGUGAAGUGAAUGCUGAAGCAAAGGCUCGCAGGUUUUUUGGAAGGAGCAGCCAAAAGACUCAAAAGUUCUGAAAAUGGUACGGUGCCCCGCGAUCUGUGAAGCCCAUGGGAUAAAGGGUUGCAAGCAAAACUGCAGUUAACAUGAAAUCCAUUCAUUUUGAGUGCAAGAGCUUGACUCAACUUUUGAGGUUUGGAGCGUCAGAGCUGCCGAGUUAAAAACGUUAAUUUUAAGCCUUUGGUCUCGACAGUGUUCUGUAGAGUUACAGCUUCAAAAAGUGAUGGAUUUGGUUAAAAGUUAAUGUUCUAAAUCUUUCCCAUAAUGAAACUUUAUGUUUUUGUCACUUAAUCCAAACUCUGACUGACCUCGAGGAUGCCCUUUAAAGCAAAAGUCCAACUCUCCAGCUCUUUGUCAUACCACAGAGUGGACGUAACUGAAAAUUAAAGUCGACGUCGAGUUGUCUGUGCACUGAUCUUUAAGAAGUGAAUGAUGUUACAGCUUCAAACUUCUGCUUCAUCCGGUUUGAGGCACAAAUUCCCUUCAUCACAUCACAUACUCACAGAUUUGUGACACUGCUGUCUUGUUACUCGUGUCUUGUGUAUGGUAAUUAAGAUUGCAGAUGUAUAAAUUAGGGGGUGUGGUACAUGCAGCUGUGAGGACAUGAGAGGCAGCAGGAAAGGGGGGGCAAUAAUCCCAGAGCAUUGUUGACGAUAAAAGUAAGGUGUGACUCUGCUCACAGGCAUCUCUCCCGCUCUCAUAUCCUCUUUCCUUCAAGUGAAGCAGUGUCCCGUGAAAUUGGGAUCUAAAUUACGAGGCCGGUGUACUCUUUGCGGCGAGGGUUUUAAAAACGACCUGCUCUGCCGCUAAGGACAUUGGCAGGACCACGACAGUCAGCAGCAGACCAUCCGUGGGCCUGACUUUGGUUGGGGACCGGUCCACAGUGGAUUAAUGAAGGAAAUGUUUCCUGUUAUCGCCCCACUGAGGAUGACUCUGUUAUAUCAGCUUCAUCACUGUCAUCAUUAUCAGCUCAGGUCCAUGACAAAGAUGGCGAUGAUUUUGGAGUUGGAGUUAUAAAUCAGGGCUGCUCCCCGUUUUUGUCCGCCGCCAGCUCUUCUCCCGUCUUUCCAAUAAAAGCUUGACUUUAUUUGAAUAAUAAGGCGCUUAUCUCUGCGCAUUACUAUUCCACUGGCCACUGCAUUCUCUCUAUAUCACUCUACGUCGCUCCUCCCUCCUCCUCCUCCUCUCCACUUUCUCUUCAUCAUACACACAUCCUUUCAUUCUGUCUUUAUCUUCAGUCCCGGCCCUCACCUCUCCUUGUCCCUCUCUCUCUCUCUGCACUAGAGAAAGGGGAUAAAUUGGAUUCCUAAACGUAACUGAGGGCAUUUUGUGGUCUCUUUUUCCCGUCAUACCUUCGAGUUCAAACUACAAAUUUCUUAAAUUGCUUCUGCAGGGAAAAAACAAUGCAAGAGUUUUUCUUUCAGUUGUGACUUUUAUGACUCGUCCUUAAAAUAAGUCAGUCUGUUGACAUUUUAACUCGUAUUAUUUACAAACUAUAAACAAAUCGCUCUUAAAGUGGUUUUAAUAUAUGUUUAAGACAGCUCGAUGCCUCAAGCAUGAGCGUAAUGUAGUUUUCCUUUUACCUGAAGUGGCCUUUUCCUAUUUUUAUUGUGAAAAUAUUUCCUUACCGAAGCCGUCAGUUUGAUCUCUUCAUAUAAAAUGUGACUGUGAAUAGAGGUGGCAGAGCUGGGGGGAAAUAUAACAGAGCUGCAGACUAGCAGACAUUAUAUCCUGCCAUUUGAAACGAGCAGCUGUAACGCGGGUUCAUUAUUUAAUGUUUGCCCAAACUGUAUAAUCAAAAAUCUAGCACUGUCAAAUGGCUAAUGUAUGGUGAGCCUGUUGUUUUAGGAGAGGAAACCUUUAAUUCUGUGCUGAAUGACUAAUUUAGCCGUGGGAAUAGUUUCUGUAGCAUUGGUCUCUAAACAGAAGUUUGCCACAUUUUGAACGCUGUCUUAACCUGACUUUUAAUCAAUGAGGCACAUGCAGGAAGGAGAUGGUGGUAGGCCUUUAGCCUCCGAACCAAUAGCUAAGAUGAACCCACCACUUCAUUAGUUUAGCUGUAUCCUUAAUUAUGCAAAUUUACGCAGAAAACUUAUAUUGAUGAAAUCAAAGGAUACAUUUUUGGAACCAAACUUACAGCCUGUAUGAACAAAUAAACAAGUUGCAUGCCAAAACCUACAGAAGCGUAAUGCAUUCACUUCCAGAAAAAAAAGAAAAAGAAAAGAAACUGUCUUUUUUUAUAUAUAUAUUUUUUCCCAUCUUUCUGUUUUUCAAAUUUUUUCUGUCUUUCUGUUUUUCGGGCUAUAUUUUUUUUUCCUGACUAAGCAAGAUACUUCAAAAUCCUGCGAGAAUCUCAGACAAUCAGAUACCAGCAGCUGCUCCAAAUCAGCAGAUUCUCCAGCUCCUAGAUAGCUUCGACUAAGGGGUCAUUGAGAGUAAAGCAUGUGAUUAGUUACAAAUACAAAUCCUGAGGUGCCUGUGCAAAGUAGACAAACUUAUGAUGAUUCCAUCUAUCUAACUUCAAGAAAGGAGGAUCUCUCAGUGUCUCAAACCCAAAAGGAAGUAAAACCUGAUUAAACUAAACAAGUGGGCCAUGUUUGCUUCUGAUAAAUCGAGCAGAGGGGGAUGAAAGUGUCUGUUUUUAAAUGAUCAUGAUCCCAGAGAAUAGGAAAAACAAUUAAUCGGACAAACAAAAGAAAAAAAGAAUAGUCUGAAAAACAGAAAAAUUAGUCUGAAAAACAGAAAAAUUAGUCUGAAAAACAGGGGGGAAAAUAUGUAGAAAAACAGAAAAGAAAAACAUUUCUCUGAAAAACAGAAAAAAAAUAUUCCAAAGUACAGAGCUUUUUUCUUUUUUGGUGAAUGUAGUGCGCUCAUGUACAAACCAGUUUGAUUUUGCUGUUAAAACGAACAAUUUACCAUAAGACCUCAUUUCUUUCUCCUGUUUCCUAAAACUCAAACCCGUCAGAUCUGAUGGGUGUUUUUUUGUCCCUUGAGGACUCUGUCACUGAUGUCACUUCAGGUACGGUCUUGGCUCCACCUUCAUAUCCCAGAUGGAAAUAAGCCCUCCCAUAUGUCUGAACCCGCCCUGAUGUUGUGCCUAGAAACUCCAUAUUGAAGGGGCCAGAACUGGAACUGGGGCUUGUCUGAUUGGUAGUUCUGCUCGGUGGAGGGGUAGGAGGCGGAAAAAGCCAUUUGUCAGCACUAUCUGCCACUCAGGACGAAGCCAACAAGAUGUGGACGAAACUCAAUUUCAGCAUUAAUGGAAUAAUAUCACGGUUAAUGUGCCGCCUGCUGGAGCAGAACUGCAGGUCAUCCCAGGGUCAAACCUUGGGAUGCUGUGAGGCCGACCACGUGGGCUUGUCUCUCGAGUCAGUCACGGCUAAUUCAGAUUUCCAUCGUAGUGAUGUUAAAUUAAAAAAUAAUUACAUUUUCCCACGGUCCUGUAGUCUCCUCUUGCAUGCCGUGAUUACCUGCGUUGAACUGUCAAAGAAACCAGGAGAUGCUGCUUUUGUCCUUGGUUUCUCAGCUCUGUAAACUUUCUCCAGAAGACACAGGAAACACUAACAUGUGUUUCCUCUCUCCUCAGGGUUACUUCCUGCUGUUUGAGUCCAUGUUGGACUCUGUUCUGUAUGCCAGAGACCUCUACUUGGCUGACAAUGGCUCAGGUAGGACAUGUCUUCUCUUCACUAUGACUCAAGUUUAGGUGCAGAAGGUUUUUACUCCACUUUUAAACUGAGGAUCGAGGAAGAAGAAGAAGCAGCAGCUGUGAGUUAGCAGCAGUAGCCUUCUGAGAGAUGAUUUGGCACUUUUAAAUCUGAUGUUUAAGAUUUAUUGUGAAUCCAAAAACACUGUUAGAGCUUCAGGUUACUAAUCAAUCGAACAUUUAUAUUUUUCGCUGCUUCAAUUCCCAGUUAAAGUAAAGAUUUUUUGAUCUGGUUGUCAGAAUCAGGACAGCCCUUGUUUUGAACUAAGUCAGAUUCUGUUUGCUAAAUAUGCCAAACUCCAUCGCUAUCAAUUUGAAUACUCCUCAUUAAUAUUGAUUAAUAAGGCCUAUUUUUGUUGGUCUCUAUAAGCUAAUAUGAAGUGUAGGUUGCUCUGAGCUGCUCUUACUAACUCUAAACCUGCUGCUCAUUUAUUAAAAACUAAUAGAGGUUGAAUAUUGGAUUUACUUCCUUAUACUGUCUCUUAGCUACGUUGGUCUUGAGGGGCAAAAGACAACUGCAAAUCAGAAAACACAGAAACAGAAGUGAAAACACAACACAAAAAUGGUUAACACAAUGGUGAAAGAGAAAAACACAACAGCAAAAGAGAAAACACAACAGCAAAAGAGAAAACACAACGGCAAAAGAGAAAACACAACAGCAAAAGAGAAAACACAAAAAUGAAAGAGAAAACGCAACAGCCAAUCAGAAAAAAAAACAAUCCAAAAAGAGAAAACACAAUGGCAAAUCAGAAAAUACAACACAAAAAAAGAAAAAAAAAUGGCAAAUUAGAAAACACAACGGCAAAAGAGAAAACACUAAAACAGAAGAGAAAACACACAAACAACACAAAAAGAGAAAACACAACAACAAUAGAUAAACACAACACAAAAAGGAGAAAACAACGGCAAAAGAGAAAAACACAACGGCAAAUCAGAAAACACAACACGAAAACAAAAGAGAAAACACAAUGAAGAAAGAGAAAACACCCAAACAGAAGAGAAAAUACAACGGCAAAAGAGAAAACACAACAGCAAAUCAGAAAAAAUAACACAAAAAUAGAAAACACAACGACAAUAGAGAAAACACAACGGCAUUAAACAAACUGUAAAACGUUGGUACACUCUUGUUGUGUUUUGUUUUCUGUUUAGCUGUUGUGUUUUGCACCUCAGGGCCACCGUACUUAUCUACUUGACUUUGUUUUCUUGUCUUUGUCAUGACGCGUUUUUGGCGUGUUAAAGUCUGAACGGUCAUCUUUCCAGUCUUAAAGCAGGCAGGACAUCAAGCUUCUCUCUCCAAAUCUAUCGACAUUUUAACUCUUAAGUUACAUUUCUGGAUUUAUGAAAGCCGUGAAAAAAAUGUCUUACUGGUUUCAACUCCAUUGAGGGCUGUCCUUGCAGCGUUGAGCGUGAGUGGGUCAGUGUUGUGUGAAACUGGGGUCAGAUAGGCUGAAUUUCAUCCGUGAGCAGGGACAGAGUUUUCAUGAUGGCCCCCUGUGGUUACUACAAGUAACACAUCUGGAAAUGAUGGGAGCGCCUGUCAUGUGUUUCCCAGAGGAUGUGUGAAAUUGUGCUCAUGUCAACACAGUUAACACGAAUAUUUCAUAACUAUACUGUGUAAAUAAUGGACAAGCUUUAUAAUGCUGCGUGAAAAUUGAAGGAAGAGGUGUUUUAUACUUAAAACAAUUCUUGGGUACAAAAAAGGCCCUGUUCUUUGGGGAUUUUCCUUUGUGUGUUUGUGUGUGUCAGUCUCCAGAGUCUUCCCUUCCCUUUCCUUCCACUGACCAGAUUUAAUGGCUUGUGCCAAAUGUGACCCAACUAAGGAACGGUUCCACCACACUGCCUUUAGUGGCUCUUUGGGACACCACUGAGCGGUCACACUCACACGCAGACAGACACACACUGAUGGACAGUCCAGAGAGGCUGAACCCACAGAGACAGAUCUGAUGGCGAGGGAGAUCGGACAGGCGAAGGUUUGAUUUGAGCGACGCAGAAAGUGACAGGUCAGAGGACGGCGUAUGGCUCGUCAUGAGCCUUUAACCCCGACGCUCUCAACAAAGACGGCUCACACCAGAUCUACGACAAGCUCCACAGAGCUGAAAUAAAAACACCCCAAACCAGGAGGAACCUCUUUAUACAGCACUAACUCCAAUCAAUGGAGGACACUUUUAAUAAUGCUGCAGUAUAAUUUAAACAGAUUUACACAACUGCCUCUGAGAAUGCUUCUAUGUGUUUAUAUUAUGCAUAUCCAAAGACAACAUUAGACCUUAGUUUGACAUUUUUAUCUAUUUAUUCAUUUUCUUUGCCACAGACCACAAUCAACUUAAAGUCUUUGCUUAUAUAGGACAGAGGUGUAUGCAUUAACUUACAUAAAAAGGGAAACUUUAUUUUUGAGAAAUUUUUUUCUUUGCUGUUUUUCAGAGAAAUUUUUUCUUCAUUUUUUUUUGGACAAAUUUUGAUUGUUUUUUUUUUGGUCUUUCUGUUUUCCUCAUUUUUUUUCCGUCUAUCUGUUUUUUUGUACAAAUUUUGAUUCUGCUUUUUUUUUUCGUCUUUCUGUUUUUCAGACAAAUUUUGAUUCUGUUUUUUUUUUUGUCUUUCUUUUUUUUGACAAAUUUUUAUUCUUUUUUUUCAUCUUUCUGUUUUUUUGACAUUUUUUUUUCCUGACUAAGUGAGAUACUUCAAAAUCCUGUGAGAAUCUCAUACAAUCAGAUCCCGUUAACCACCGCUGCUGCUCCAAAUCAGUGGAAUCUUCAGUUCCUAGAUAACUUUGACUACGGGGUCAAUGAGAGUAAAGCAUGUUUAGUUAGUUAAACACAGGGUAAGCAAAUCCUGAGGUGCCUGCGCAGAGUAGACAAACUUAUGAUGAUUUCAUCUAUCUGACUUAAAGAAAGGAGUAUCUCAGUAAAACUUGAUUAAACUAAACAAGUAGUAACAAAGUGGAAAGUGGAAAUGAAGGCAUGUAGUCUACUCUAUAUUAGCUAAUGGUUAUAACUUCACACCUAAGAAACCUGGAGCACCAAAAAAACAGCUUGAGAUUAAAAAGAAACACUCUGACAGACACACACAUGCACAAAUAUCACACAAAACAUGAAUAAUUGAAGAUUCCCGUAGGUUCCUUGUAACAUUUGAGACCAUCUGGAUGUUUAAAACCACCCAUUUUGGCUGUAAGCAGUUUAUAAUAUUAUGAAUAUAGAGAAUUCAGUUUAUUUUCUGGCCUUGUUCAGCUUAAAUGCUGCCAGGCUCUGAGAAGAGGUUAGCUGUUAGUGUCAGCACUUUGAAUGCAAACCCCUUUGGUAGUGUUUCGUUCAUAGGCAAACAUGCCCAAGGCAGUAUUAGUGUGCAAACCAGCGGAGCAAAUAUCACCACAUUUCAGAGCAGCCAGACUGUAAAAAAAAUGCAAUAACAAGAACAAGGCUACCGAGCUUCACUUUUUAAUAUAUUGGCUGUUGAUUCUAAUAUAUCUAAUGAUUGAUCGGCUUAUAUUCCUAAAUUUAUUUUCAAAUUUAGAGUGAGUGUGCUGGCGGCUGUGCUGAGUUAUUAGGCGGCCCUGCAGCACUGCUGCUGCUGUAUGUGUGUUUAAGCUACAUUAGUAGAGUUACAGCAGCUCCCACAUUCUCCUCACUACAUUAACCUCCCCUUCAUCCUUAAAUGUGUCCCUGCUUGCCUGGCACAGUGCAGCGUCCAGGGAAAAGAGAUCUUUUUUGUCCCAGGCCCCCCCCCCUCACACUGACUUUCCCUCUUUCACAGCCGACCAAUGAGGGACAUGAGGAGAAGACGGCAGGGGUGGGUGGGGGGCAUGACAAACGGGCUGUGAGCAGCGAGUCGAGAAGGACGCAGAUGUCAAAGCCAUGAAUCUGGGGACGCCCAUGUACCCCCCCUCUUCUUCCUCUCUGUCUUCCUCCCCUGCUUCCCUCACCUAUCCGUCUCUCCGUCUCCAUUUCUCCCUCAGUUUGUCUCCCAGACAGGCCUCUUGUCCUGAUUCUGCCCAAUCAGCAGCUCUCCCCCCAUCCUCUCCUCACCUGGCCUUCAUAAUUACUCACUUGGAUCAGUAAUCAGAGUAAAACAGAGUGACAAAUCUGCUUUUUGAGUGUGUAUGGGUGCACAUAUAUGUGUGUGUGUGUGUAUGUGUGUGCAGUCAUUAAGGUUUGGUGACACUCACAGGGUCAUGAGCAGGCUUCAGCUGGUAAUGAGAGGCCAUGAGUUGCCCAUCACUGAGCUGUCACCAUCCAUUCACACAUUUUAUGGUCCGAUGUUUCCAAGGUUGUCUAAGACCAAUCGCUAACACACAUGCUUGGCAAAAUAAAUAAAAACCAUUCAAAGGCCUCUGCUUUUUAAAAUGAUGAAAUAUGGAUGUAAAAAGUUUGUGAUUUGCUCACUUAUCAAUCUUUGUUUUGGUUUAUUGACCAAUCAGAGGCUGUAUCUGUUUCUGCGUUUUCAGCGGCAGUUGGUCCCUAUAAAAGAGUUUUUGCAGAGACUUUGUGCAGAGCUGCAGCUUCUCCCUGAGCAUCUACACUGAGCAGGGAUCAGUUAAUAUUGAUGUCUAGGUGACACACAGGUGUGUCUCUUAUUGUCACCUAGAUAUCACCCGCCUGAACAUUUUCAGGAGAUUGCCUUGUUCUAUGGAUUGCUCUGCAGCAAAUUUUAGGCCUUUUUCCCAUCUUUCCUUUCCUACCAUGAACAUCUCAUUUAGAACAGACAUUACUGAUAAUAGCUGCACGUUACAUGUGAACUAUCAAAGUUUGAUGUAUUCCUCUGAGUACUCAGGAACUCUAGUUUGGGCCUUGGGCCUCUGUGUGGGCUAAUGUUACUGCACAGUAGGGAUACCAAUGGCUUAAAGCAACUCAGCUUUGUCUUAAUCACCAAGCAUAUUAACCAUACAAAGGAAUCUAUUCAGAUGUGAAAACACAAUGAGGAGACACAUUAAGGCUCAUGUUUAGUGCUCAUUUUCAGACAUGGGUAAUGUUCACUGGACAGACAUUGUUAUGUAACAUGAGGAGGGACAAUGAUCACUCCUUCUUCUUCAAAGCAGUGGGCGGUGUCCCUGUUUUAGUGCCGCCUUCGGUGUCAAAGUCUGUCACCACAUUCAAUUUGCAAUGCUGUCGUCACUGAUUUGUUAUUUUUAUAUACAUUUUAAACUUAAUCAUCACACUAUAGAGGUUUGGGUCCUGUGACAUUGAUGCAGCCACAGCAGCAGAUAAAGAGAGUAGCAUAAUGAAGUGAUUUGUGAUUUGUGACCGACCACAGCUGAACAUCCUGGUCAGGGCAGAGCUUUGACUGCACACUCAGCAAAGAGCAGGAGUCUGUGAUUGCAUUGGGACUCAGCAAUCAGGGAAGAUAGUGCUGUCCCAGUUUGAUAACACCAAUAUGUAUGAAAGCACUUUUCAACUGAUGACUGAUGAAAAAGGUGAAGUUUCUCACGGCUAAAGAAAGUAGCGACUGUAACUCCUGAUAAUCUAAGGGAAAUCAAAGCCUUGCUAGAGCUCAGUUAUUCUUAUGAUAAUAACUUUAUUUAUAUAUAGCACCUUUAAAAACAGAUGUUUACAAAGUGCUUUAAUGGAAGAAGCAAACAAAGAUAGUAACAGGCAAAGGAGAAUUGAGUUUAAAAAAUGGAUGUAAAAGAUUGGCGGUUGAUGAUACACAUGAUUAAUUUCUGACAAACUCCUCACCAUAAAAAUGAAAUACCUUUAUUCUGAAAUAGCUGACUCAGCAAGUUAAAGGUCCUGUGAGGAACUUUAGCCUCAGGUCAGCUUUGGCACCCCUUGUGGACAAAGUAGUCUCACCUUAUUUUGUCUUCUACAUGUUUAAGUAGUGUCUUUUGAAAGUAAAAUGAAUAAUUAGUUGAUAAUUAUUUAAAGCUCCUGUGUGGAGUGUUUGCUUUGUGUCAAUGUAGGCACCCCCGAUAACGAGUCUCUAGAUGCUUAAGAUUUGUCUCCUGUCAAAAAAAAACUCACUUUUGACUUUUGACCACCAAAUAAAUAUUUUCUGACAAUUUAAUGUGGAAAAUGUUAAAAAAAAAAAAAAAACAAUAUCAUCUGUUUCAGACAUUUAAAAUCACAAUGUUAAAAAAAAGUAAAUCUUGUCACUGAUGGUCUUUUCUUUUGUAUAACAUAAAAAACAUCAUUAUGAACUUUUAGUCUGUUUCAUAAAUGUCAUUAAAACUCCCAACAGUAGCUUUAAUGUGGAAAAUAAGAAGCUGCCCACUGACACCAACCUCCUAACAAUUUGGACAUUUAAAAUUUUGGUAUAAAAAUGCUCAGUUUUGUUGAUGAUCGUGUUUUGUCUGCUUUGUGUGUCAGAAAAAACAAAACAAAAGCCUUCAUAUGAGUUUCAGUUGAUUUAAUUAAAGAGAAAAAUCCUGACAGGAGCUUUAACGUGAAACAGGAGAAAAAUGAACAUUUAGCGAAAGCUUUAAAAGCCUCAGAAAAAUUGAAUAUUUUCAAAUCUAAGUUAUGAAUAUCUCUGAAAAUCAGCAGCUCCCAUCCACAGCCACUGCAAAGUUAUCACUGUUGAUUGAACAUAAGAGAGAGAGCUCUAUCAACAUUAUUAAGUAUGCUGGCAUCCUAGGGUAAUAAACAGGGAUAAUGAACAAUGGGAUAAUGGUAGUGGCUCUUGUCUGCUUAAAAAGAAAAUGAGAGUGCCAUUUUUUAUCUCUUCUGUUUAAAUGAAAUCUUGUGCCGCAGAGGAAGCUCAUUUGAUAAACUUUAAUUGCUGGUCUACAGAUUUUAAACGUCAGCUUUUGAGGUUUUGGUGUGUUGAGGAAAUGCUUCUCCGCUGUGAAAAUAGAAGUUAUUUUUCUAUCCCUCAGUACAGAGUGUUUGAUUUCAUUCGAGAGCACACCUCUGACUUUAAAGCAACGAUUUAAGGAUGGUUGUGCACAAAGCCAGGCCCCUUAAGAAAUGCUUUAAUAGCUUUUUUUUGGUGGCAGAACGUAUCGGCAUAGAGCCCUGGCCACGACCUCUUUCGGCACCUUCGGGAUCAACUAUAAUGCCAACUGUUUCACCGAACUCUAGCGCUGGAAAACCCGAUUUUUGUACAGCAGAAAAGAAGCAAAUCCCUGUAAGACGAUCUUUUCUUUGAGCACUCAUGUGACAAUGUCUCAUUGUAUUGUCCAGGUGUCCCCAUUUCAUCCUGAGUGUCUUCAAGUCUGAAAGUAGGACAAAGUGGUCAUCAGGCCAUGUUUUGUGCACAUGUGAUGGAUUCAGUCAUUAAAGCAGCCUGGUGAAAUUGAUGCAGAGCUCCACACCCACAAGAUGUUGAGGCGUUCUCUGAUUAAAUUUGCUGAAUGGUUUCCAAGCUGCUAAAUUUGUUGAUAUUAAGCACGUUUCGGCUCAGAGAGAAGAAGUGUACGGGACACGAGUUUGCACAGCUUUACCUUUAGUUAUGAUUAAUGAUCUUUUAUUUGGAGCGAGAUAAAUACCUGAAUCGAUUCUCUUGGUGAUGACCAGACUGCCGUAACUACAUUUUUAAAUGCAGUGACCCCAGAAAACAAGGGGAGGGAUUACAUUUGUUUGUCGCCUUUGUUUCUUUUAAAUGAGAAGUGCAUUGCUAGGAGGUUAAAACAACUCCCCAGUACAGUCAAAACCAAAUGUAUUCAUCUAUUUUACCUAAAAUUGGUAAUUAAGUGAUUUAAUUUCACACUCAUAGACUGUACAUAGAAUAGACGCUAUUUGCCUCCUUGCUGGGUGAAGCCACCGCAAGAACAGCACCCUCUGGUGACGGGCUGCAGUAUAGGUCAUAAAUCCCACCUCCUCCAGCAAUCCCUAUGGAGCUGUGGACAAACAUUAGAUAUUAAUAACACAGAAUAUAAUUUUUUUCUCCCACCUACUUGUGAUGUUGACAUGUUGUUACUUUAAAGGCUCAUUUAUGCUUCCAAUACAUAUGAAAAUGUGUGCGUCCGUUUCAAACGAUGGUUCCGUCACUCCCCACAUACUUCCAUGCCUCCUUUACGUCGGCAUGGAUGUUAACCAUUACAUUGACCAGGGGGCAGGCCGGGGUCAAAAGUUUUGACAACAACAAACAGAAAGAAACAUGGCGAUGGUGGAGGAGCUAGUGAUAAUGUAUAUUUUGCAUAGUAGACAGAAACGAAGGCAGCUUUGGAGGAGGCGGUGGUCGGUCAGACCACUAAAGACUGCGUAGCUCACCCAGGGGAUAUGCUGUUUGAGCCAGUCAUCAUCACAUCGACUCUACCGCUGAAUGCGUACAAUGCUACUGCGAAAGUGGUGGUUCCAGAAAGUGAAGAAAAUCCCGGAAAUACCGAGAGCAAUUCGGCUUCAAAGUUGUAUAAUGAUGGAAGGCGGAGCCAAAUUCUCCAUCGUAUAUAUAGUCUAUGGUCACACAAAAGAAACUUCAGCUUUGACUCAUCCUUGACUCACUCUCCUUUCCUCCUCAGUCUAUCCAGACCUCUGUAACAUCAGCCUGGCAGCAGUCGGAGACACACAGAAGCACCGAGACCGCAUUGCAUUCUGGGACGAUGUGUAUGGCUUCAACAUGUCGUGCAUGAAGAAGGCCGUGGUUCCCGAGGCGGUGGUAGAAGUGGUGAAAGCAGAUACACUCAUCUCCGAACCUGCAGUCAUACAGGUAAAAAUUGACUGAUAUGUUAUGUGCUGUGACAUCUAACCUUUUAAGGGUAUGUCGGAUCCAAGCCCGGUCUCCCCUACUUUUCAGCCUGGUCUAAGAAGCAGCUGAUCAGCAGACCUCAAAGACCUCAUGAGGGUUUGGACACAGAGGAGGUCAGAGGUGUACAGUGGUGCUAAUCCAUUUAAAGAUCUAAAAGCGGACAAUAAAACCUUAAAGUGAACUACCCAGUGUCUGCUAACCACACGGCCGCACGGUCGAGACGUAUUGAUGAACCAAUAAGCCGGUCUGAUCCUAAUUCAGGAGGUUCUAGGAGCUACAAAUGGGAGAAAUAGAGUUUGUGGGGUCUGAGCUGUUAGACUACAGGCAGAGGAUGAGAGCGUGAGUUAGCUGUGGAGAGAGAGAUAUGGCCCGAAGGCAGGUGUGUGUGUGUGUGUGUGUGUGUGCGCGUGCGUGUUGAUGCUGUAGAGCUGGGUGAUUGAUCUGUCUAAUCCUUGUUUAAGUUCCUCUUUAGGAAACUUCAUUACUCUCAGCCCCCUGUGGAUAGAGCCGUUUUCGCUCGGCUGAUGGGAGAGCACACACGCAUCGCACUGAGAUAAAACAAACGCGCACACACACACGUACACACACUCACACACACACACACAGAGUCCAAACCUCUAAAAGCAGUGAUACCUCCUCUGAGUCUCUUGUGUCCCUCUCCUCUUAUACAAUCCUGUGUUUCUCCGUCGGUUGGUGUUAAGUAGGCCCGGCAUGUCCUCCACCCAUCUGUGGAUGUGAUGAAUGGGGACAGAACUUGAUAUAAUGGAAUUUGAAUCCUCUAAUCGAUAGUUUCUCCCCUCCAGUGACAAAUAGACAGCCCCUCUGCCCAAAUUACAUGGACUCUCAUCUAUCGCCUCCCUUUGAUACGAUCCAAUAACAUUCCAUUAAGGCUGGCUGCUACUCCGUAAAAUUGAGAGCCCUUUCAUGGAAUUAUAAAAUCCUGCUGUACAAAUGAGUUUUUUUUCUCUAGUGAAAACAGACAGAUAUUCAUUUUGAGACAUAUUUAAGUGUUCAGAGUAUGUCCUUUGAAAGUUAAGAAUCGAUUUGUCGUACUUUUUACAAGAUUUUUAAUGUCAUGAUGCUAAAAUAAGUCGCAUUGUUUGCCUUCAUAUCUACCUGUACACUAGAAACUUCUAAAAAGGACUCUCACACAUGUAGAAAACAUCAGUUUUUGGCUAACAAACCUGUCAGGAAUAAAACUUUUGACCAUCUGCUAAUGUAGAGAGUUGUGGUUUCAAAGCAGCUAGUGUGGCUUUGCACCCUUUAGCUUUUUCUGGGCUUUUAAGAGUUAACAAUGACACAUUUUGUGAUCCAGAUACUGAUCAUUUCUUUAUUCGCACAAAAACCCAGAAAUGUUCUGGUACUCUGAUGAUGAUGAUAGAAUGAACUGGCUGUUUAACUUCAGUGUCGUUAAGUUAGCUCAUUUUGUUUCUGAAGCCUGGAAAAAGCGUCAGGAUUGUUUAUAUACAGAAAUCGUGAGGACAGCUAACCUGCACCGAUCUUGGAGAUAUUUUUAGCUUUUAUUGUGCUGGGAUGUUAUUGUGGCAAAAGAUGAAAGGCGCUGCCGACACAGAACAUGUGUUUUGGUCGACAUCCUCCUUCUUGUAACUGAAAUAAUUCCAGAUAACUGACUUUGCUUUUCUUUUUGGCAACAAGUCUUCAUUUUCAGUCGUUUUCUCUUGUUCUUUUCUCAUUUUGCGUUUGUUGUUGUUCCUUAUAGUCGAGUGGUCCAUGGAAAUGUACAAUUUAAAACCCAUAACUCAAGUUAUUCUUGGUGCGCACACGUUUCUUGGCACGACACCAGCAGCGCCAGCGACUCACUCCAUGUGCAGGGGCGUGGUUUCCUCCUCUCUGGUUUGAUUGACUGCUGGCAGGGUAGUCUGAUUGACAGCUGAGUAAAGAACAAAUGUGAUCGGUGGAUCGCUGCACAGCACAUGCAGAGUCGCAUGGAGUGUAUCUCAGUCAGCUACCCUUGAAAUUAGAUGAGUUCAUUCGCCUCCGACAUCGCAGGCUCUGCAAUUUGAUCACCGUGCACAUGUACAUCGUGAUGACAAUGCUCAAACGAUAUAUCAUGCAGCUCUAGCCUUGAACUCUUCACUAAGACUACUUUUCCCUUUGGGUGUUACUUUUUACACAGCUCUAUAGUCAAAAAUGACCAAAAGGCUAUGCUCCUCACUGCUACAUAAGCUGCUGUUAUAAAGUUACUUGCAACUUGUGAUUCAGAGCCUCAAGGAAGGUUUUGAAGAUGUCACAGUCACAGGUUUCAGUAACAGCUGAAGAUGCAAAUCCAGGUCGUACAGGUGUUUGUUUGCAAAGGAGUUAUCAGGGAAGUGGUGAGCAGCUUCCACAAGGCUGUCGUCACCGGAAAACAUUUCUCCUUUUUCUUGAGCGGAGGAGAAAUCAUGAAGUUAUCGAAACAAAAGAAGCCACAAAACACAUCCUGGGAUUAAAUUAACAUCCGGCAUAAUCCAAGGUGUAAAAGUGUAAUAAUUCAGAUCUGAGUAUAACAGGUCUUCCCUUAGAUUUUUGAUUCAUAGUGCAGCUGAAACAACACAGUUUGUGAAGUAUUUAAGACUCCUUUUUUAAAGACUGCAUCCCUGUUUGUUAGUUUUUUAUUUCUCAUCUUUCGCUGAGUCACAUUUUCAUCAGUAUUCCUCUUUCUAAUUGAUAUUUUUAUGUUUAUUUCUUUUUACUGUCCACAGACGAUUGACUGUAACAGAGUGUGUCUGUCAGAGCUGGAGUUUGCAUCUGAUUUCUGCAUGAAGAUAACAAACACUACAGACUGUACGGUGAGUACACACACACUCUCACUUCUGUCUACAAGUUUUAAUAGUUUUAAAUGUGAUUUUUAUCCUGAAUAUUUAAGUUGAUACGCUUCAAAAGCUACAUGACAGAAAUAGACCUGAGAGGAAAGCGAACACUCCCACUGUCCCUUCCUGUCAUUCGUCACAAAUAUUGUGUGAGAGGAACGAGGCAGAACAAACAGCGCAGACAUCAGUCAGCUCAUGUUGAUGGAUGAGGCUUCUAUGUUUAAGAGGAUGUCCGUCACUCGGAUAUUUAAUAGAGUUUCAAAUCGAAUCAGAGCAGAAAGGAUAAUGUGACUUUGGAUUACAUGUCAUACAACGUGGUGAAUGUUCACAGCCUGCUUGACCUGUUACUGCGUCAAAUACCAAAACACGCUCUUUGACACAAACAUGGCACGCCUCUCACCCUGGACUCCUGAAUAUAAUCCUUUAUAAUCCGUCUUUGAGAUUAUUUCUCACAGUUCUUUCGUUUUAGCUUAGGCACUUUCUCCGAGAAAGAGAAAAGACGUCGGUUGAAUAACUUCUGAAAGUCAUCAGACAAACAGAUCUCCAUGAUAGUUUAUUCAGCUGAUUGUGACCCACAGGCUCGAAUCUUUCAACAAACACCAAAUAAAAGUUAAAGACCGUCUCUGUCCUGGAUAGAUCCUCCUUUUCUGUGUGCCCCCGAGGAUCAACAUCCAGCUCUUAUUACACUUCAGAUCUGUUGAAGCAGCUGCUGUUGAGCCUCUGAGUUAUCUCCAGUAACAAAUACACCGUUUCUGGAGAGAGUUGACCCUGCUGACUGUCUCAUAUAUUUGAAUCAGUCAAGGAGAAAUUUUAUUGAAUUGUUUGUGACUGAUCCUUAAGAUAUUUAUGUCUAAUUAACACCAUAAUUAGCAUUUUGAAUACUCUGUGCAGCACAUGUAAGAAUACAGGGAGACACAGAGCCCAAUGAAAGCACAGCUGACCCUUAAGGUGAGGCAAUAAAUAUAUUCAAAAUGAUAGAGUACUCCUAAAAACUGUAUCAAACAUGGAGAAAAUCAAUCUGGUGUCACCCAUCGGUUUCUAAAGUGGAGUUUGAAGCCUGAAUAAUAGUGGUCACCAUAUUGGAAAUGCAGACUUAAAGGGAUUUUCGUAAGUUUAAGUUAUGGUCAAACACACGGUAACACCGAAUAGCAGUACCCAGUGGUCUACAUCUCCCCGCGCAAACCUCGCCACAAAAACGCCAUCAUCAACAGUACAUAUAGGGUCCCAGCCAUAGUACCAGACAUCAAACAUCUUUUUAACUUUAUCUUCAAAAUAAAGAUUCACCUGUGUGCAAAUUAAGAAAAAAGCUUUUCAGAUCAACAUCUUUUAUUUAAAACGGGUUUGAUAGGUCAAAACUUGAGCGACACAUUCAUAGACGGACCUGGUUUUGCUUGUGGACUUCAUCAGGGUUAUUAUAAAACAUACAUAGAUGUUUCAUGACUCAUCUAAAACCUGACUGGGCCUUUGAGUUGCGCCGUAGGUCAGCUUGACCAGCGGCUGCUACACAAAGUGUGUGUCCUCACUGAGGGUGAGCUGCAGGCGCCACAGCAUGGACAAUGCUUUAUGAUUCCAUUUGAAGAGCCACCUUCAUACCUCCCCUUCAGCCGUCCAACCUCAGCCUCCCCCCCUGAACUUCCUCCUCUUGUGUCUGAGCCCUCUUUCUCUGUGUGGUACCACCUAACAGCCUCUCCGCUGCAGCUUGUGACACUCGGUGCUGUGAGAAGUGGUCUAUCUGUGAAAAAAGUCCAUUGUGUUGGGGAGGCUUUGUGUUGUGCUGCAGUGGUACUGCACUGUCUGGUGUAUCGGUUUAAUGGACAAUCAAUAGGUGGUUAUUAUCUGGCCUGUGCUCUCUGGGUGAGGCUGGUGGAUUUAAUGGGAUUUGUAAACAUCCUCUCAUUUUUCCUGUCUUUUCUGCGCUGUAAUUGAAAACAUCCAGUUUCUAUUUCUGGCGUGUAAAGUCCAGUCAUGUGAGGGGUCUGCUGUCACAAAAACAGAUGAUUGGAUCAUACAGGAUGGGGGUGUACUUUUCCAUUCUCAUUAUAUUUUUAUAGGUGUUCAGGGACGUGAUUAAUCCUCCCGUUAUCUCGCUGCUGUUUCACGCUCCUGAUCAUCCUCAGCUGCGGUGCUAAUUUCCACAACCAUACAACAGAAUAUGAUCGAGCUUUCAGUGGAACAAUAAUGCUCAUUUUAUCUGCUUUUGCUAUGCUGACGCUCUGCUUAUAAGACCCGUUGUAGGCUCCACUCUCCAGCCUGCUUGUCCCAGGAUUUACAGAUGGAUUAUUGACCUGCAGGAGAAAGGUGUUGUUACCUUAAAGAUACUGAUCUGCAGUCAGUAUCGGCCGCAGCUGCUCAGUAGCAGUUAAGGUUAGGAUGUGUGAAGGGUAAACCGCUCCUGGACCAGUGCUGGAGAAUUGGUGAGGGAGAGCUGCAGCGCCUCCCGUCCUGUGAUGGAGCGCCUGCUUUUGUUCUCCCGUCGACAGUCCAUUCAUCAGCUCAGCCUGCCUAACCUUGCAUUAAAUGAACAGCACAACCCCUGCGUCUGCGCCGUUCACACACAAGACAAAUCCUCUCACUCUUUUUUUUAUCACUCCUUCUCUUGCCUUUUUUUUUGCAUCUCAUAUCUUUCGCCCCUUAAAUACGACACCGUUAAGGCGCAUACAUGUCAAAUUCAUGUGCUGAAACUUGUACUCAAACUUGGGGCAUUUUUUACCCUCGCCUUUUUCCGUAUGGCAUCCACAUCUGCUUGAUCCAUUUUCCCGAACUGUAGAGCAGGUAGCAGAAAUGCCUCAUCCUCCCCUCAUGAUGUAUGCUGAUGGUGUGGCGGCAGAGAACAAGUUUCCGUCUGUAAUUAAUUUCACACUGCUGCUGUAGCACUACAGGAGGAAAAGUCUCUACGAUCCAUCUCUGGUCCGCUUUCCAUCAAAUUUAAAUUACGUGGGGUGGGGAUGGGGAUGGGGGGUGGCCUUCUGGACUGACAGGGCAGGUACUCGUCAACCUCAAGGACGGUUUUCGGCACAUUAAGAAGGGAAAUUUGUUAAUGGAAAAAUCCACUCUGGCUCUCAACAGCAUGGCCGUACAGUGAGGUUUGGGUAUCAGCUGACUGUCAGCAAGGAUCCUGUUUCUGUGCUAUUUCCAUUUAUAGCAUGCAAUCAACAAAGGGUUGAUAAACUAAUUUAUCUCCAAAUGAAAGACGUCUGAGAAGAAUACAUUCACCACUUUUAAACAUCAAAUGUUUUCAACAACAACUUUCUACAUAUGUAAAUAAUGCUGCCUUCCAGUUACCUUGGAAGUCGGAUGUCAGAGCUGGGUAUGACAUUACACCCGAGUUGACGGUGUUCCAGUCAACAAGUCGGAAAACCAAGAUGGAUGCCUACUGUCAGCUGUUGUUAGAUUUUGUUAGCUAUACCAGUUGUAAACAACGCAUAGCAACUUACAAACACCAUAGCACUGUGUUCACAGUUAGACUUUAGGCAGUACAACAUAUACCACUUAUUUAAUUUUACAAAAACAAAACAGAAGUGCUAAUAAAUGAUAUAUUACGAGAGCUUUUACUGUUACUCUUUACUGUUGAUGCACUGAGCUGCCAUCUUGGAUUAUGACGUUGUCGUCAAGUUGAGGUUGGUGAGGAUCGUCCGACUUUCUGAGUCAGAAAUCCAACUUCCAACUUUUAGUAUAAAUGUCUUAAUGGUGCAUAAGACAGCCAAUUAAUAAUAAAAUUGGAUUAUAAUAACUGAAGUAUAAGAGACUGUUUAUCCCAUUGUUAGCCUAUGGAUUUAUAUGCCUUAAAGAAAUAACUUAAGGACAGAUAAAACCCAUACCAUACUGUAUAAAGUUCGCAACUCACAAAGUUUGUAAGCUACCGUGCAAUUUAGUAUUUUGUAUUUAAUCCACCCUCCAUUUCCCCUCUUAUCAUAUGUAGUCAGAGGUAUUGAUUUUAAAGUGUCCACAUGGGUGACUUAGAGGCUGUUUUAAAAAUUCUUUAUGAGAAAGAAACAUGGUUUAUACGGAAGAGGAUUAGGGCCACAAGAAAAAAAGAUAUAUUAUUUUUUUAUCAUAAUUCUGGGGGGGAAAAAGGCAGAAUUCUGAGUUUAAAGUCAAAAUUCUUAGUUUUUUCUCAGAAUUUUAACUUUUUUAUUUCAGAAUUAUGAUGCAUACACACACACACACACACACACACACAUAUAUAUAUUUUUGUUUCUUGUUGCCUUGAUCCUCCUCCAUAUGGUUUACGCCCUAUUAUGUAGGUCAUAUUACUGUAACAUGUCAGGACUUCAAAGACAGUCCCUUUUUACUGUAAAGCAUGUCAUCAUCUUAUCAUUCCUAAGCAUCUGGAUCUGUUGGUGCGAGCAUGUCUCCAGACUGUGUAUCAAAACGAUCAAUAAAUAAAACCAAUAUGUACCAAUACCAAUAAAAUAAAUGGUAAAAUUAAUAUAGUCCACAUUCAAAAUCAAUAUAACAAUAAACAAGGCCUUAGGAUGACUUUGACAAGACCAUGUGACCCUCCAACGUGGACCCUCCAGCAGGGUUCAAAACUGACAUCAUCUCAUUAGAUAAAACAGGCAUCAUGACAGCUCCCAAAAAGUGAAACCAAAACAUUUAGAGCUCUCCCCACUGAUUGGACAGAUCAGCCUGAGUCUCUUUGCUGUUUAUCUGUAUGUGUUUUGGUCUCCAUCAGGCCAUCUUUAUUGUGCAGAAUUUGGCUUUAAAUGUCCUUAAAGUGUGCGAUUUUAUCAGCCAUCAUCCAAAAAGAGUAAGAGGAAAUGAAGGGUCUAUCUUUUUGUAGAGUUAAUAGUUUUUAGGAAAAGUCCCAUCAAAAAUAUUUGAAUUUUCCAAAGCCAUCAUGAGUCUGGACCUGUUUGGACCGUUGCUGUACAGUUGUUUGUGUGUUUUGUCUGAGAGGCAUCAUGAGUCACUGUUGGGAGGUGUGCCGAAGCUGAGGACGAUUCCUGCUCCUCGGUGGAGUGGCAGCAGUCAGGCGGAGAGGCUGGGAGCAGAGAUGGAGGAGAAGGAGGAGGAGGAGGGGGAAGGAAUUCACACCAACUCGCCCGUGAGGUGGUCGUGCUUGAAACCUCCACGCCUGGAUAAACCCCAUCAAAAGCGCAUUAGCCCUCUCCUCUCCCACCCCUCCUCCCCUCCCCCCUCACUGCCCCUCCUUUUCCCUCCCCUUAACCCCCCCCUCCUCUCUACGUCUCCCCACCGUCGUAUAAUAGUAUCUGGCCGGGCCACGCGGCUUGCUGACACACAGCCGGGCGAAAGGGGAGCGAUGAUGAAUUGCUCCCUGUUGGUGUUAUCCAUGAUGAUAAUUAUUAAUUUUCCCCCCGCUCCUCCGUGAGAACGGGGGCCGGAGAGCUGCAGUGUUGCGGAGCCUCCUCCGUAGGCCGUCAUGGAACCCACUGUCAUCACUUAUCACAGACAGAGCCGGGGCCCAAGGCUAAACGCUGAUGAAAAUGAAAAGCGCUCAUUCUGAUUUGUCCUGUUUUUGGUGCGUGGGUGUGCAUAUGUGCCUCCUCGUUUUGAGUUAACCCUUUCUUUCCCUCGUUCUUUUCUCCUGCUAUGUUUUUUGCACCAAAUGCAGCGUCAUGUCAGAAGACAAAUCUCACAGUCUUUGGAGAUUUUUGUGGGUAUUUUGGUUUAUGAUUAGAAUGACUGACAAUAUUAAGCCAUGACAUAAGACCACUCGUUCAAUAUUUUUCGGGCACCCCUCUUGUUAGGUCAGCCUUGACAUGGUGACACAUGGACCCCAAUGGACUUUUGAGGAUGCAGCCCAACUUGUGAUGUGUUGCUACCAUAGACUGUUUAAAGAAUGAACACUGUCUGCCUCCUCGUUGGGUGAAGCCACUCCGAGAACAGCACACCCUGGUGACGGGCUGCAGUACAGGUCAUAAAUCCCGCCUCCUCCAGCAAUCCCUAUGGAGCUGUGGACAAACUUUAGAAAUGUAUUACACAGAAUAUAAAUUUUUCUCCCCCCUGGUUGCGACGUCGACAUGUAGUUACUGUCAGACUGGUUUGUGCUCGAGUCCUCUUUUUUUCUGUACAGCUCCAUUUUUAAAACUUAUUAGGGGGUUCAUGUUUUCUAUGAUUGACAUUUGAUACAGCCUAUUGGCGUACGAUGAUUGGGUAGCUGACCUGGAGGACACGCUAUUUGAACCGAGCAUCAUCAGAGCGACUCUCGGUGACUCUCCCGCCAAGUGUGCCCAAUGCUACUGCACAAGUAGUGGAGUGCCUACAAAGCUACUGUGAAAUGUCGGUCUCAGGACGCAGAGAAAAAAACGUGUUAUUACCGAGAGCUUUUUGGCUUCAAAUCUGUACACUGGCAGAAGGCGGAUCCAAGUUGUCCACAGUAUAUACAGUCUAUGGUUGCUACCUGAUCUGUCCAGGAAACCUGAUUUGUACUGCGCAUGUGCAAAACGUAUGUCACUUGCUCUGCUAGCUAUCUUUGCGACAGCUCAGCACACUUGUUCAACAGCUUCACUAUCAGCAAGCUUGCUUUAGUCAGAAUGGAUGCUUCCGUUUAUCCCCAGCUACACACUUUUCUCCUGAACGGAGCGCUUCCCCCUGACUGAAGCAGCGCACCGGAAAGUCAAGAGAAUGGAGCCCAGUUUCAUGAUUAAAGGUUCCUACUACAGCUUAAUUGUAAAAUUGCAACGUAGUAAUUAAAGGCUUGAAUAAAUAUGAAUAUUUCAUUGUUGAAAUUAAAUUAUGAAAACGCUGAAAUUCAUCCAGAGCAUCCACCCUUGGAACUUUGAAAUAUCAGAGAACCAUGAUUUUGACCGGGUGGCGGCGCUUUUUGUGGCCAAGAAGGUCUCACCGUGCUGGGCAGGAGCUCUGGCGAAUGCCUUGGCGUAAGCCCUGGAGCCUCCAGCUAGCUAGCCUGUCACAUCGCCAGCUGGUUUCUGAAAUUGAUUGGUAGUUUAAAUAAAGUUUUUUAGGUGAAGUAAAUUUGCACCUGUGUAGUACGGAUGGGGUAGGUAGCGAUAGUAACGACAAACUGCCGUAAAAUGUAUUGAAAUACGAAGAGAGGAAUUGACGUAUGUUUCGCACAUGUGCAGUACAAAUCGGGUUUCCGGGACAGAUCGGUUAGCGACAUGAUGGCAAUCCAAGCCUUUUUUAUUUUACUGAUUCAGAUCAUUAGACUCUUAGAGACAAUUUUCUAGAGCUGAUCCAACCCCAAACCUUCCCCCUCAGUGUGGCUGUCUGUUAUUUUAAAGGCUCUUUAUUUAGAUAAACCUCCUUCCCUUUGCUUAUUUUUAACCAGAAAGCGUUAACAGUCUCUGAUUAACUGGGUUCAGUCCUCAUUAGGUGUGAGUUAUCAAGCUCUUGAUUGCUAUCGUGCCGCUUUCCCUGCAGCAGGUAGUUUUGUUUCUUCUUUUCUGUCAGAUGUGAUUUUGCUGACCCAGCUUCUCUUUAUCUUCUAGUUUCACUUUCAAGCCUCAGAUCUUAAACUGUACAUCUUCUGGGGGUGUGAAAGUUGCACCCUGCAGAAGUGACAAUCAAUCUCGCUUACGAGGCGUUGUCAUCAGCGCGGCGCGUUCGGGAUGAUCUCUGCCUCUCUGACCGAGAGAGGUGAAUCCGCUCUGCCUGACGAGUAAUUACGGCUAAUUUCCUAAUUACCUCAGCAGCCAGCGUCUCAGUAGCGUUCAUUAAAAGCCAUAAUUGCAUUGGGUUGACAUGCUCUUUCAUCCACUUUGGGUUCUUUUCUGGAGGUUUAGCUGUGAGCUAGCUGUGCCGCCCCUGCCUGUCUGAGUUGAUAAAGGUUGAUUGAAGGCUCGUGUGUCUGGAGAGUGUUGAACACAGUCUCUGACAGCAUCGAGUUUAUCACGCCUGCAUCUGUGUUUCUUUGUGUGCGUACUGUAUACAGAUGCGUGAUGAAUAAAAGAGCUCUUGGACUAAAUGUGUGGAUAGAUGUUGAUUUAAAUAAAGUCUUUUUAACAGAAGCAGGGAACAGAUGGUGCCGCUUUGCUCCUCUUAAGUGAUACAAACCAACAAAAAAUGAAGCAUCCUCAUCAGAUUUACACUGAUUUUCUUCCUCUGUCCUCUCUCCUGCUUCCUUCCUCCUUUUUCCUAUCUUUACCUCUCCCUUUUCUCCUCCUUUCCUCUCUCCUAUCCUCCUGUUUUCCUCUACCCUCUCUCUCGCAUUGAUCCGGCUCUUCUUUGUCUCAGGGAGCUGGCCUCCAAGUUGUCAGCUGCGUCAGGAUUAAAAGCUAUUAGUUCUGCAUCAUUGCCACUACAAGUGCACGCCUGAGAUUGAUAGAGUGCCUCUCUUCCUCCAGUCGGGGGAGAGAUGGGAUGAAAACAAGCCCGGGGGGGUGGUUUUUACCUCACAUAUCUGACAACGGUCACCUACAGGCGCUCUGGCCCCGGACUUUCCCUCUUAGUUUGUUUAAGAUUUGUGAAUCGGUUUGUCGGACUGUCUCUUGGCUUGUCCUGGAGAGUCGAACUUCCAGCCUGUAGGAACAGAAAGACCAUGUCUGAGACCCAAAAGCGCUUUCAUAGACUCGCUGGUUUCAUCUCCGUUUGUUAACACAAAAUCAUAUAAGACAAAGACAGAGACCAGCCUUCAGCUCAUUCAAAAAGCUGCUGCUCGACUCUCUCUGGCAAGAAAAAACGUGACCACACUUAACUCCUAUUUUAGUGACCUUUCACUGGCUCCCAGUUUUUAAUGGUUUUUAAAGCCCUCAAUGGUCUUGCCCCUCCUUACCUGUCCAAGCUCCUGUAUCACCACUCUCCAGCCAGAGCCUUAAGGUCCUCUGACCAGCUAAUGUUGAGCGUCCCGAAGACCUUUUUUUUAUUUUCAAGUAUACGACAUACGGUAGAUAAUUAAAUGAUAACAGUUAAAAGGAUAACGAAAAACUGCAAAUAUUUAAUUGAUUAGAAACCGAAAAGGUACAAACCUCAAGAAAUCUUGAACAUUUGUUUUAUAAGAAUAUAUCAUCUCUCAGCUACUACAGCCAGCUCACUAUCAGUUCGCCACUUCUUCUUCGUCUCUCCUCUGUUUAUGACAUGUGGCAGCCGGUGUGAAGGAUCACCACUGACUUAUUGAAUUACCGUGUGUUUCUCUUUAGCAGGACAUCAAUAAUUAAAAAAAGAGAUGGUAUCAUCCAGAUCGGUUUACUGCGCUAGCCCCAAAUGCAAAUCUCUUGAAUUUAUCGCUUUAACAACUUUUGAUCUCCUAAAUUGACUAUUAUUCACUCACAAAUAUCCAUCUGCUACUUUAACCUUGUAGAUAUCCGCCUGUCUUAUAAAUACACAACUCUGAUUUCAUCAAUUGUGACUUGUGUAAAGUUAAACUUAAAUUAUAUGAAUUGAUGACCAUAAUCUCAAAUCUUAGAGUUCUGGAGUUCACGUGAAUUUAUUUUUCUUGUCAAACUUUAGCGACGUGAUUAAAAAUGUUAAUCCGAUAAAUUUAGGACUUUACACUUGUAAAUGUUGUAGAUCUCAUUAAUUCACAAGAACAAACUUGUAAACUUUUGACUUUCUUCUUUUACAACUUUGUCCUUGUAAGUCAUGACUUUAAUCACGUUAGUUACAGCUCAUAAAUUUAGGAUCUCUGGUUUAUUUGUGUAAAGAAACUCGUGGAUUUAAGACCAAAUUUUCAAAAACUUGUUUCUUUUUUGUUUUUCUUGAAAUCAGGUCAUCGUUUAUCCACUUUCCGAAGAUAAAAAGCAGGUUUCUUUUUCUUAAGCGAUUUCUCUGCUGUGCCGAGUGUUUUCAAAGUGCUGUCAACGAAAUAGCCACCUUUGCUAAUUUCAUGUGAUUUCUUUUUUUUUUUAUGGUCAGCAAAUUACCACAGUGUUGUUGGGAGGGGGGGGCGCCCCAUAAUUUAUUUCUCUUUCCUGUGACAAGUGGCCCAGGUGAGGUGAGAGGAAGCAUAUGGGAGCUGAUGUUGACUCAGCCGAAACAGGAAUCUCAGUUUGGUUCUGAGAGGAGGGAGGGCUGAAGGAAAUGCAGUUUUCACCAGAUCAGGGUGUAACAGGGUGCCCAGAACAGCUCUCCAGCCAAUAUACACACACAUCUUUAAGACUUUUAAGACACAUUUUAAAGAUGUCUGUCAGUAUUUGAUCAGUGAAAUGUCUCAGUCUGUUACUUCUGCCUCGGUCCUGAACACAGCAGCGGCUCACUCUCCUCAUUUAGCUCAUUAAAACCCUGAGCCGUGUUCCUGCUCCCGCCUCUCUCCCAGCUCUGCAUGUCAGAGUUGCAGUGUAGUCAAACAAAUCCAGGGGUUUAUUGUGCUGUCACAUUCUAACACGACCCUCAUAUUUCAUUGCAGGCAAUUGUCGGCUACUUUGACAUUUUCUUUGACAAAGGCUGCAGCAACAAGGUAAGCAGCAGCGGCAACAGCCAAGCCAUUUAACGGAAACUCAAUUAUGUUCACGCUUUAGCGUGUUCCUCCUCCCCGAGGCGUUCUCCAGCGAUCGACGGGCGUCCUAGCCGACUGCUGAUAUAAGCACUUACCCAGCAGAGGCGGCCGGCUGGAAAAGCCGAUGCCGAGCUCUGUGAGCAGCACAGACAUGCCUUUUGAUUGCACUUCCUAUUUUACCUGAGACUCACACUGCAUGCUGUGGAUGGUCCAGCACGUUUCCAGCUUUACAAGGAGCCACAGCUCAAACAAUGUCUUACUGCUGCAUCAAUACAGUACACUGUGCUUUUAUUGUAAUACGACAGAGUAAUUUUGAUGUUUAUGAAAGGAAAAGUUUCGAUCUUGGUUUCUUAUGUAACCAGCAAUAUUUCAAGUUAUUAUCCUUUCUGAUGACUUAGAACUUAAACUUUUUCAUAUAUUAUGUUAAGUCUUUAGACACCAUGAAGUUGAUUUUGUGACGUUGACAUCGUUCUCCUAAUUCUUCAGAGAGAGGUCACAGCUCUGGUUAGUGAUUUCUUUCUUUCCAUGUAUUAUCAGGUGAUGUUUUCCACGGGUCCUCAGGUCACAAAGACACACUGGAAACAGACGGUCUUCCUGCUGGAGAAGCCCUUCUCAGUCCAAGCAGGUCAGUAACUACACAGUUUACUGGUCUAGGUUAAACUUGGACCAGAAUUGGACUAUUACAACACUUAACAGGUUUUCAUGACGAUGUUUGUAAAGCAGAAACAGUCAGAUUCAGCUUUUAUUCCGUUUCAUUUCAGUCCACGUGUUUCCUCUCUCUCUCCUUUACCUCUGUGGUGCGUCAUAGCGAGCUGCAGCAGGUAAUCUGUCUGCGGUGGAGAUGUAGUCAAGCCGGUUGACACCCGUUAUCUGUCACCGUCCGAGACAGCCAGGGAUCAAAACAAAUCACAUUCAGCCAUCAGAGACAGCAUGUAAAACUUCAUCUGAUAGCCACUCUCAGGCCUCCAAAUCAUGACAGGCUACAAGACGAGCGCUUUGUAACUGACCACCGAAAUGUUUAUAGAUACGCUGUUUCAGCAGAUUGAAAUUUAUCCUCCGCCGCAGCUUCCUGCGAGGCGUAGCUGAGAGAAAUAACUUUACGUAUGUUUAAACACGUCAGAGCACCUCGCUUUGUGUUGUCCUCACUUAAUCUGAAGAAAUACAACUCUUGAAAAGUUUGGGAUGUUUUUACGCAGUGAAAAAAUGAAACAGAAGUGAAGUUACCAGGCCGAAAACAGUAAAUACUUCAAACCUAAAACUGGCACUUUUGGACUCUUAGCACAACCUUCAUGAGGAAUUACAAACAGUAACAGGUAAGUCAUAGUGUGCAGCUAUUCUUAAAACAAUAUUAAAAGAUAUUUAUAGUUCAGAAUUGUUGUUCAUCGCAUGUUUUCCGGUUUUGCUGUACCAAGCUUUCUUGCAUUACAUUUGUCUCUGAAUUGCUUCUGUCUGCAAGUUCAUGAGCUCGGAAGAAGGUUGACGAAGAUUUGAAGGAAAAAUCCAAUUAAUGGGUUUUAAAUUUCCAGUUUUUCAGUAUCACACAGCUGGCUCUAUUUUAAUGUGAAAAAAUCUUCAUGCUAAUUUACCGAAUAAGCAAAACUAUGAUACGUGCUAAAGUAGAGACCAAGGAAUGAUCAUAAUCUCGGCUUUAAAUCAGCCGAAAAACGCUGUCCUUUCAGAAAGUAUUAAGGCUAAUUUAUGCUAACAGUACAUACGGAUCCGGAUACAGACAGAGCUCUCCGUCUGUGCUUCACGUUCUUUUCAUCCGUAUUUCUGCACUUAUACUUGAAGUUUACGGAUACGGGCCAAACGGAGCAGUACCACUGGAAACCAUGGGGGUAGUGUUGCUGCUGACACUAGACAUCCUGAAGUACUGAAAAUGAUGAUCGUCGUCAAUUUCUCUCAUCGCUACUACAUGAGAAAGAAUUUUCCAUCCUCCCACCACAAGGCAUUCAGUGGCCUGACCGACCACCGCCUCCUCCAACGCUGUCUCCGUUUCUGAAUCCUAUGCAAAAUAUACACGAUCACUAUCUCCUCCAUGUUUCUCUUUGUUUGUUGUUGUCAGAAACUUUUAACUCCGGCCCGCCCCCUGGUGGAUGUACUGGUUUACAUCCAUGCCAAUGUAUUGGAUGCAUGGAAGUAUGUGGGCAGUGAUGGAACCAUCAUUUUCAUACGUAUGGCGAGCAUAAAUGAGCCUCUACCUGACGAUGGUUUUGUAGGAAGUUUUGAUCCUCAGCUAAAUACUUAUGUAUGUAGAAACCCUUAAAACAGUAACGCUAGGAUCAUAAAGCCCUCAAAACAAAUCUGUGUAGUAACAUGUAAGUCACUGUGUGCAGCUAAUUAGAGCAAUAGAGCCUGCAUAUACAUGUAUAUAUUGUAUACAUGCACUGAAGGGUUUUUCUAACACUUCAACCAUCAAGUUGGUUGAAAUUUGAUGAUUUAAUUGAAGUUUAUUUGAACGGACUUCUGCAAUAAUUAGCCUAGUGGUCGCAGUGCUGGCGUUAGGGGCAGUGACAGAGGCGGGGUCUCUGUAAGCAAGUGGAGCAGGCAGGGCAGAACAGUGCUGUGUGUGUGUGUGUGACGCUCCUGCAGGAUCUAUUUCAAAAUCCUAAGGCAUGACAGUGGAGUGGAGCUGUGUUGCAGCACUGUCGUAGACCUGCAGUAUUAAAAACACAGCAGUUUAAAAAAGAGGUGCUGCUUGGUUGGUUUUUCCCUGUGUGCGUUAUUUAGCCUUAGAGGGAUAUUUCUAAGUCUGUGUGUUAAAUGCGUGUCUCAUCGCUCCUGUUUACUUUCCAUUUCCUUCAUUAGUUUAAUUUUUAACUUUGUCUGUGUCAUGCUCAGUCAUUAAACCUGCUCUGUGAGCGAUACUGCCGCGUCCCUGUGCUCUAUCAUAAUGGGAAUCGUGGAUGUGUCGGCUGAUGUGAGGAUUGAUGAGCCUCUGGGGACCGGCUGUCCACUCCCUGACCAGAUAUUAGAUGGAGUUUACUGUAAUAAAUGACCUGCAGAGGGACGGAGGCGCUACAUGUCAGGCGGCCCUUAGCCACGCUCAGCUCCAGCCGGCAGCAGUCGAGGCGAUAAGAACGUCAAACCCUCUGACGUUGCUGAAACACUAUCGUAGGCUCUGCGCUCCGCUGGGUCAGAUAAACACGGCUGAAUCUGAGGGCUGAAGACGACAGUGUGCUAACACAGCUCAGGAGGAUGUGCGUUCAUAAACAGAGACUGAUUUCUAUCAGGUGCAGAAUGUCGCUUCGGUUCUUGGUUUUAUUUUAUGCCUUUGGUGUGUGCAGUAUUAUUUUUUUAAGAAAAAAAGUCUUCAUAGGUGUAGAUCCAACUCCAGCUGCUGUUACAGCAUCAAUGCACAUGAUCUUUCUCUGAAACGCUGCUGGAGGGGAGGAAUAACAUUUCUACUGAAUGAUAUUUGCCCACUGAGGUAUAACAGCGGGUACUUUGUGUUACACCGUUCAUUCACUGGUGCACCACGGCACUCAACCACUUGCAGAUUACCUUAAAGUAAAUUUUUGACUACGCCAAUGGUCGGCCACAACCUUCGUUUAUGGUCUGUCAACCAAUCGAAGGCUGUACCUACAGUCAGAUGAUCUUUUCCGGUUCCAGCACAACCCUGUUACUGGAACAGCACCAGUAUGAGUCUGAUGAUUGUAGAAAACAUCCUUUUAAUGUAAGGCACAACUGAUUUCCUCCUUAUAUUUUACAGGAGCAAGUCUGUUAAAGUGCAUCAAAUGCUGUCCUGCAGAAUUCAGCUCACCCAUGACUGAAAACUGUUUGUCUUUGCCCUCGUACACACUCUUGUCUUUUUUAUCCUUGAGCUGAUUUUACAGUAAGCAGAGCAUCUGAGCGGUGUGGAUCUACUCUGGGGCAUAGUGACACAUUACAGCAUUAGCCAGGGCACACAAACACACACAAACACACACACACACACCCUUGUUCCUGUCAGAACAAUCAGGGUUUGAUCUCACAGAGGCGAGAUUCAGAGCCGUUGAUGCUAUAAAGAUCCAUCAGUCUGGGUGUUUGCUUUGUGCUCCAAACUGAACAGACUGACAAGCAAGAGUUGGAGAAAAGAACAAAAUGAAAGCUGGUCUGUACGUGUGUGUGUGUGUUUGUGUUUGUGUUUGUGUGUGUGUGAGUGAAUGUGUGAGAGAGAGUGAGCGGCAGGUUAUUGAUGUGCUCGCUCCACCUCGGCACCCUGACAGUCCCAGAGUCUCCUCCAGGGGCCGUAAACCAGAAAUGGAGUUUUUAACAGCAUUCAGCAGCUUCCUGCUAGGCUCCUUUGGUGUAUUUUACAACACACACACUCUAACACACACUCUAACACACACUCACAUAUAAAGCUCCUUCUACACACUGAAAUUCACAAGAGUACUUGCAUAGUUUUUCUACUAAACUCCCUUUAGGCUUUAAGAGAAAACUUCCUAGAGUCACCUUGAAGAUUACAAACACACACACACACACACACACACACACACACACACACACACACACACACACACACACACACACACACACACACACACACACACACACACAGUGGCCUCCCGUCCUGGCUGUUGACUGAGAAGCACCUCCAUCUCUGAUCGGCUGUAUUGAGGGCCGGGCGUUCACAUCCAGUGGUUUGUUUUUAAUACCGCCUCUGUCUGCGGUGAUUUAUCACGGCACAGACUGAAUCCUAUUUGAUGUGUUUGUACGAGUGCAGCAGUAAUUAACUCUGAGACUGCGCUUCAGUGGGAGGUGCCGGCGGAAGAGAGAGAAGGCAACGCAGCAGGCUGGAACAAAACAUCCCUGCAAAUCCUCCUGGCUGGCAGCGUAAUAAAUUAAACAGCGGAUCAUUUGUCAUGCUCUGCUGUGUUUGUGUAGCUCCACUAUUGAAGAGGAGGGUCCUUUUUUCACACGUUUACCUGCCUGAUGUCCGCCAGGAGAAAAAGGAGGUCACACUUAAUGUUGCAAGAAAGUCCCAUGAUCCUCAGAGGUGAAGCGGUGGCCUGGUUACCAUCUCUGAAGGCCCUCAGAGGAGCUGAAACUCAGCGUAGGUCCUUUUCAUUGGACAGUUAGGUCCUGCUUGUCCCCGCCCACUUUCUUCGCUCACAUCCUCCUGUCCCGUGUCCAGAGUUGUGAUGCUGUUCCUCCUCUUCCCCCCCGCCCUCACCUGUCCAAGUUUAAUUUAAACAACUCCUCCUGUACUCCUGUACUCAAACCCCCCCCUCCCUGGUUUGUACUCUGAAGGUCCUUGAGCUGUCGAACAGCGAGCCGGCGAGCCAAGCUUCGUGUUUUUUAGGGCUGUAACUCAGAACAUGAGCUCUGUGUACAGACUGUACAAGCCAUCAACUUUUAACUGAACAGGAGAGACCUGAGAAGGCGAACAUGAGGUUUAGUAGAUUAAAGUCUGGAGGAGGGUGUCAAAGAGGAUCAGCUGAAACACCUGCAGUGUAAGACAGGAGGAGAUAAAUGCACCUGCUGUUUAGCCUUGAGUUUGUUUGUGUGUAAAUAUACUCGACUAUGUGCUUGGCUUGUUAUUGCUAUCAUGCUCAGGCCAUGUGUGGGAUGUAAACAAUGGUUUAUGCAACACAUCAUGAGGUCUCUCGAAUGCAAAUACUGAGAUCAGGCAGAAACAUGGUGGUAUACAAAGGCACUAAAUCAAACCCAACCUGACAUUUGAAAGUAUGUGCCGCUUUUUAGUCACUAUGGUCGUUUACUCUGUCACACCCACUCUGAACAUACUUUUGCAUCCUAGCCACGUAAAUUUUUAAGGACGUGCAUUAAAACAGUGUUUGGGACAAGUGGUGUAGCCAUCAUUGGUUCCCGUGCCUAUGGUUAACUUUGCCUAGGACCUGUGUUUGGCUCCUUGUUGUUGCAGACUCACAGAACAACUUCUCAGUCUACCCUUACUUUGCAUUUGUCUUUCUUACCCCCAAUUUCCAAAGCAUCUGGAACAGCUCUGCUACGGAACGGCAGCGAUUUUUGCCGUCUGCUAAUUCCUACUGGAUACGUUUGUGAGGUGAGUUUCACGGCGGAUUUCAGACAGCGGGAAUCGCGAGAACUCGAGAACCCACAAGAACCCACGGAUUCAUAUGCAGUCGCGCAAUAAUGAGUUGUCUCUAUAAAGACAACCACAUAACCAUAUGAGCAGUAGAUUGUGUCCUUCCAGAGAAGAAAAUCCACUUCUCGAUUUAUGGAAUCAGCGUCUCCUCAUCCAUGGUGUUGGAGUGAAAUGCUGUCUGAAAACCUUUGACUUGUUUGUUUGCAUGGUGUGAAAUACAAUCUGCCUGAAAAACGUAGUGUUUUUUGAAAAGAAGCCAGAUGUUUUAUUUUGAGUCUGUGCCCAACUUCCUUUCCAGCACAGACUAAUCUGAGCUAAAUUUAUGCUGUGGCGCCCAGUAAAAAAAAACAAAAAACCGGCGAUCGGCUACCAAACCCCGCUGAGCUGCAGCGGAACAGACAGAAACGAGGGUAAAUUGACACAUGAACUGGAAUAGAAAUGAUCAGAUUGCCUUUUCGCCGCCACUCCGCAUGUGGUGGAAAUUUGGGGUAAAGCCAAAAUACGCUAGGUGAAAUCUUGCGCGGGUCCAAGUCUGCACAGAAGGAAUCAGCUAGUGAAGCCACAGUAAUGUUGUCUUUCCCCCUCCCACCAUAUGUGUGCAGGUUUAGAUUAAACUCUAAGGAUAGUUUAAGAUUCAUGGCAUUAUGAUCUAAAGUGUAGCCAGUCCAAAAAGGAAGCUCCAGAUGUCGUAUUCCUGUCAUGGAGGUACAGAGUGCACAUGUACUGGUGGCUUCAAACACCAGUGAGCCUUUAUUAGCACGAGAUCUGUGACAUACCUUGGGGAUAAGUUGUUCAACAUUUUCUUGUGAAAAUGAUUGAGCUUAAUCUUCUUUUCCCCUCUCUUGAUGGAGUUUCGAGUGUUUUGGAUGUAUUAGAUCUGUAAGUGUGAACCAAAUGGUAAAAAUGGAAAUGACAACAGUUUAAAUGAAUCACCAACACCGGCCGUGUGUUAUCAGUGUAAUUUCAUGGAGAGAGGCUGCGUUGGGGCUGAGAGGCUGUUUCUGCAGGCCUGCCUGUGCUUAAUGACACUGGCAUGUUGAUGUACGACAUCGCGGCUCCGUUCCUCGGCUCAUUUCCACACAUGGUUAACUCUUUCUCCCGGCAUCUGAGUGGCCAGUUUGCUGAAGGCACCGAGACCUUCUUCCGUGGGGAGUUUGGUGUGACUGAUUACAGCAGAGCUGCAGUGGUCGCACAGAGACUGCACAGAUAUUCAGAUAGUGUUUCGGUUUGUUUUACUGCCCAAACCUGAGACGUUAGGGAUUGUUUGGACGGUUUGUGGGCAGAAGGCUUGUGUCUCUUUCUGUCAGUUGUUACAAAAGUUUAGGAAAGGUCAAGCAAUUAUUCUUUUGACCUUUAGCAGCCGUUCCCCAACUUUAGAUUGACUGUAGCUCCCAUGAGCCCCAAGUCCUGUUGGGUUUACCAGACUUCUUAUAUCAUUUCUUUUAAAGACUUGUGAUAAAGAACUUUUAACUCUUUUUUUUUUUUUUCUUAUUUGGAGGGGUCGAAUUCUUAUCUCCUGUCAAGUUACUAUCAACCUAGAUAGUAAUCUGCAUUACCUUCAUUUUGGAUAUUUAUAAAAUGUUGAUUGUUGUGAGCAAAACAUUUUAUACCGAUUGACAUUUUUGAUUGUGAAAACUUGAAAAAUGGAGAAUCAUACUCCUUAGGCAUCAUUGAAUCUGAUCUCGAUUAUUUUCACUUUUUUUUUUUAAACUGCCAGUUUUAAAGCAUCUGUACUAAAAACUAAAGAAACUAGACAUUAGUUCAACAUUUUAUUAACAUACAAACUGAAUAAUAAAGGAAAUUGAAAAAGAUAAACUUUAAAAAAUAUAAAAACUAUUUUAACUCAACAAUACAACAAAUGGCUAUAUAUACUAAACAAUCCAGUGAACUAGUGUACAGUCCUGAGUGUUUUUACAGGUAUGCAAGACCAAAAAUAAACAAAUGGCCCCCUCUAGAAUAAUGAAGACACAUUAAAAUGUAAACAUUAGAUGACGUAAAUGGAGAUGAUACGAUUGGUUGGUGCUUUGGUCUGGUGGCUGCACCGCUAGUCGUGGCUAAACUGCUAAUGCUACUUGUGCCGUCAGCUGUGACAGACUGUGCAGACUCUGCUCAUAUUUUCAUGCUUUCCACAUAAUCACUCGGGAAGAACUUCUUCAAAUGAUUAAACAGAUCUGUUGUGUUGCCGGUUUUUGAGGGGACUGACUGCCGACAUACCUUACACAUCGGCUUAAUUGCUGGACGUCAGUAUGGAGAUACCCGAACCACCGCCACACAACCGACGUUGAGUAACUUUUCUUCUCCACAGUGGCGUCUUUGGAGGAUGACUAAAAGUCUGACAUCUAUUGACAUCUAUUUUGUUCCACGUUCGGUCAUUCCAUUUACUUCCCCUGUUUACAUCUCUGGCAACUUACAGAAGUGAGCAGGAAAAGCUUGACUCUGAUUGGCUGCUGUCACGCACAUUUCCGCCAUGUUUGAUCGAGGAAAUAUGCUCACAGCUGGUCACUGUGAUUGAACUAAAAUUAUCACAAUCAAUAAUCACGAUCAUUUAAUCGCCCAGCCCUACCUACAACCAAUCAAGUUAAUGCAGCAUGUACUGAAGUGCAUCCUAACAGUGUUUCCCAGCAAUCAUCUCAAUUAUUAUGCCGUGUUUUUAUGAAAAAUCAUCAUUCAGUUACUUUAAAAACACCGUAUAACAGACCCUCCGGAAGCAGAAGCUGCCAUCUUGGUUGUUUACAAAUAUGCUAAAGCCGUGCUCCCCUCUUUUUGAGUGCAGAUGGUGUUCAGCACCUCCUUAAUCUUUGAAUAUUUCACUCUCAGUUGAAGAAAACACAUGGAGAAUGUUCCAGUUGUGUUGUUGGUGUUUGCUCUACAACAAGCUGCCACAAUGCAAACGCUGCAUCCGUCCGCUCUAUCUGCAGUGGAGUGACAGACCCAGAGUGCGGCGCCAGCAGCCAAGACACAGUGACAGCACUGUUGGCAUAGCAACCAGUGCGACGUGACAGCAGCGAUGGCGGAAACGUUGCUGGAAAAAGCGCCACAGUCAGCAAUUUCUCUCCCCGUCCUCCUCUAACCUCCGGCGGUGAAGAGAGCGUAGCACGGAGAGGAGGUGCAGGCGGUUCGGGGGUGUGUAUUGGGGGUUUGAGGAUGCUUGUUUGCCGUGUGGAUAAACAUUCAUUUACCUCCAGCAGUCAAACGUGAAGUUAAUCAGAGUGAUUAUGCGUCAUAAUCAUCAGCCUCCUCUCCCAGCCUCUGGUUGCUUGUGCGUUGUACUGUAAAAGCACUUCCUCACACUGCCAUCUGGUGAUUUCUGCAGGUCUGCAUUCAUACACACACACACACACACACACACACACACACACACACACACACACACACACACACACACACACACACACACACACACUUCUUAUUAACAUACAGUAAAACACACCGCUGGUACUCACGUCAUCAUUUCUAUAAGCACCAAUGUUCCUCUGCUCAAACUGCUGAGGCCUGAGAUCAGCAGCUCUGUGCUGCUGCUGCUGCUGCAGGAACAUUUCUUUUUAUGAGCGGUUACUCAUUUCUAUUUAUUAGAGGUCGGGGAGCCGUGUCUGAUCUAGAGAAAUUGUCUUCUGAACACUUUUUAUGUUUUUUAAAACUGUGCUGUAAAGUUUGAAAAAAAAGUUAUGAUCACCAUGAUGAAGAUGUUUGACAUUUUUUUAUUGAGCUCUGAUAGUUCACAUGGACUAACUGUCCGCUAGAAACCUCAACAAGACUUAAGCGGGGUACUCACAUCAAGAUAAUUGGGCUAUGUUUGUCCCGAUUCUUCCCCUCCCAACCAAGGAUGACAACCGGAAGAUUAUAUUAUAUCUUCUAAGGUUAUCCUAUAAGAUUAUCCAGUGGUCUGAGGUGUAUUAAGAGUGAAUUUUUCCCAAUAAUUGAGUUUGAAACAGGUCAGGGCUAACAGUUGUAAAUAUUAAACUUCAGUUCAAUAUUUAUGACCAAAAAUCUUCACGCGUGGGGAAAGCUGACGACUCCCGAGUCAUGACUCCGUGAAUUGUCAAGUGAAACAGAAUGUAGCCAAUCAAGAAGCGAGCUGAGUGAGAAACAAGGAACCAAAUAAAGCGAUCAUCACAUAAUAUAAUACAAUAAUAAUAAUCACGCCAGCCAUUAGCUUAAUUUGAGAACAACUCAAUUUUUCUGUCAAAAUACUCCCAGAACCACCACCAUCAGCAGUGUUGACUAUUUAUUUUUAUCUUUUUGUCUGUUUUUCCUCAGGGGAGGAGCUUCGAGGAAAGAUCACAGUGCGUAAGAACAAGAAGGACCCUCGCUCUCUGCUGGUCACCUUUGACCUCAGAGACAGGAAGCAGACAUACAGCCUGCAGUAACACCAGUCGUCACAUGGUGCAACUUCAGUUUUUUAUGUGUUCAAAACAACGAGAUGGUUUCAAAACUGUAUUGGAUGUUAAUGUUCAGAUUGCCUUUUAAUAAAAACGUAAUUUGAGAUUG